GCUAAUAUGACAAAAAUCCUGCUAGCUUGCAGCGUUGUUAAAUCUCUGAGACAUGGGUGUGUGGUUGGCAGAAAAGUUGGGAACACGUCGGCCUGGCUCAGAAACCAAACUACAAAACUUUUUAGUGUAAAGGUAAGAAAACGACGUGUGACACUUGUUGUCAUGCGAAAAUCGGUGCAUCAACUCUCUCAAGACUUCAGUGAAAGUGCUACCAUGAGUACUGACGUCGCAGCAUGCCUCUCGACUACAUGCCGAGUCCUGUUGAAAAAAAACACGAAGUCUGAGAUUACUUCCUAUACAAAAUUGUAAAAAAUAUAAAUUAGAUUGACAAUGUCCUUUUUCGCGAGUAGCAGGACCUAAUCCUGUCUUCGGCAAUGGUUUAACAUAACAGACGGCUUUAUUGUUAACAUAUUUUAAGUUUUGCUUUAGUUCGCCAGUCACUGUCGAGGCGCUCUCCGGUCAGGAACAUGGGGUGGUGGGAGGCAGGUGGAUACAGCUACGUAACUGACAAAAGUUAGAUUUGCAUUAAAAUAAGCCCGUUUUGGCAGUCUGUCCUUGCCGAAUUGUUACAUGGUUUCAUAUAAUUCACUGAAACGUGGUUUGUAUCUUUUUCAUUGUGUUUUUUUGAACUGUAAUGAUGAGUUGCAAUUAGCUGCCACGUAUUUCAAUGACAUUCAGGACUGACGGACGAGUGAAAUUGCAUGUCUUUCAACCCUUUAAAAAUAUAACAUAUAUAAGAGUCCUGUUUCUUAGUUGGAUAUACUUUAAGGCUGACCGCUCAGUUUACUUCUGGAGCAUCAUGUGUUAACGUUAGAAAAAAUUGCAUCAUAUUUGAGGUCCGCCCUGAUUGCAACAUCUCCAUCGACAUCAUACUUACACUGAAAGCCUGCACAUUGUAUUGUGGUUAGAUGCUAGAUGCUCAAGUAACAUUCGCAAAGCUUGUCAUUUACAGGACGAAACUCAGCUUUCAAGUCUGGCAGAAUCUUAAUGCAAUGUGUAUCCACAUGCACCUGCACCAAGGCUAUGUGGUUUUUUAAGUUAUACAUCUGAGAUUACAUGCUGUGAAGAGAUUAAAUGUAUGCAUGUGAAAAGUCACUGGUCCAUGGAGUCAAAGUGGGCCACAACUUUUCAUUCCUUUUUUUUUUUAACUUUCAUUGGAACACUAGUUUAUUUUUCUUUCUCCUACUUUCCCCUACUCUCUCUCUCAUGCACACACACAUACUUACACACAGCAGAAUAACAGAUUUGUCAGUCUCAGCAUUCGCAGAACAAAUUCACGUUGGCCUGUAGUUUCAGCAUGAAGUCCCACAGGCCCCCUGGAAGUUUUGUCUUUGGUCUUCCACAACUCUCUUCAUAAAAACAGAAUUCAUUACUCUUUGGUGAGAUUAUUCUGGUCAUCUGAUUAAUCUUUUUUUUUUUUUUUUUCUAACUCCAAGGCCCAGACGGCCCACCUGGUCUUGGAGGAUGGCACCAGGAUGAAAGGCUUUUCUUUUGGACAAGACGUCUCUAAAGCUGGGGAACUGGUCUUCAAUACUGGCUUGGUCGGGUAAGAAGGGGAUAUUCACAAAAGACUGAAUUAGGUUUGACAUGUGGUAGGGCUCUACCGUAAAAACAGGUCAGAUAUGCCACGAGCUUUAAAACAGUGUGCCCAUUUCAUUUUGACUAUAAGAAAAGGAACAGGAGAAGCCUAAUUGACAGCAUGAAAACACACUUUAUUACAACGUGACAAUAACUUUGUGCUAUUGUCCUGCUCUUUCCCUGCUUUAGGUAUCCUGAGGCUCUGACUGACCCGAGUUACAGAGGUCAGAUCCUGACCCUAACCUACCCUAUUGUAGGAAACUAUGGGGUACCCAACACCCAGGAGCUGGAUGAGCUGGGCCUAAGAAAACAUGUUGAGUCAGAUCGCAUCCAGGUAGGAGACUGGCGUUGGUUUUGUGGAUUUUCAGAAAACUGUCAGUAAUUUGAAUAAAGGUAAAAGGUUAAGAUUGUCAAUUUAAUUGAUUUUCUCAGUUUGUGUGCCCCCAUGACCACAAUUAUCAGAGGUAGAAAUUUUAAUUAUGCUAAGGCCCUAAAUGCUUUAAUGAUUUAUACUUGCAGAUUAACAACCCUUUUUGUUGUAAUAUUACAGGGAGUUAAUGUUGAGCUGUAACCUUAUUGUCCCUAUAAUGGUCUCCAUUGCACAGCACCUCUGAUAAAGACUGUGUUCUAGUAUCCACUUGGGCCUGUCUUAGUACAGUUACCCAGUUUCCUUACACCUGAGGAAGUUUUGUCACCCUUAACAUCUGUCAUCCUGCUUGUCAUUCAGUUUGAUAUAUUUAUCUAAGCCAGGAGCCUUAGCCCCCUUGAGGGCUUUAGCAGCAAAGACCAGUCUGAGAUGUUUGAAGCAAUGGCUUCCGACCAGACUGUGCUUACUCAGCGUUAUUUCCUCUAAUUCUCCACUUCUGCUGAGCUGGUUUUUCGCAGAAACCAGUUGAGAAGUUGAGUAGUUUGUGUAAUUAGCCAACAAAAGGGAGGUGUCUACCAAAGUUUAGUAGUAAAUUUUUCUAUGUGCAUAACUGUUUGCUGACUUGUUCCUUUAAAGAAGCUUUUUGCAUCCUUAUCACAGGAUGCAGAGCCUCAGGUUGCCCCAAGAUUUGCCAGUCGGUCAAUGAUCAACCUAGGGUCAACCAGCAACCUGCCCAAUGAGGCCAAGUGUUGCAGCUCUAAACACAAAUUUCUGCAGACAAAUACUGCUUGAUUGCCUAAAGACAGACAACUGGGGAUUUAGGGAUGGUGGGCCAAAGAUCAACACUGGGUCCAUGUAAACAUACCCACUGACCUCUUUGAAACUUUGACCACCUGGCCAGAUGAGAUUUCUCAGCUCCUCUCCUUGGAUCUGUUACCUAUCACCACAGUACCAUGCAGUCCUGCAGUCAAAAGCUGUUGGUACAUACUGUAGCUGCGCAUCUCAGUUCCAAGAGGUGAUGGACUACCAGUCAUGUAGUACACCGAAUAAUCCUGAGUCCUACUCCUAAAGAGAUCUUAUUUAGAUAACUGUUGGGUCAAUGCAUGAGAUAGCCCCUCAUAAACCUCUCCCAAUGCAGCUAACGAGACAUGAGCAAACCUCUACCCCCUUUCAGACAAUGACAGUUGAUGGUGCUCCUGUAGAAACUUGUUCAAGUGUCCUUAAGUGAGACACUCCAAUUUGCUCCUAAGUGAUGGAACUAAAGGCAUUUGAAAGGGAAUAGGUGGGAUUUGUUGAUACCACACUUACCCAAGCUCUGUAUCAUUCAAAACCACAAAGUUCUUGGUCUAUAUAAAUGAUCCUGUUAGUUGGGGCAACUAUCAAAACUACGCUGACAGCCUUGAAUGAUUUAGAGGGAUUCUUUCACUCCAAACUGCCGGUCUACAUGCUGAUGUAUGGUACCGUCUUAGUUUAAGGCAGCAUAUCUCCUCCUUUCCCCAAGUGGUCUACACUGAAGCUGACACCCUUAGCUGUUGUUUGCUGAACAGGUUCUGGUCCACAUAGGUUAAAAAUGUUAUAUUAUCUGGCAGUAGUGCCUCCUCUUGAUGAUGGCUUACAAUAAAACCCUCAAAUACAUUCCUCUCUCCAGUAUCCUGACAAGACACCUUCUAUCACUUAAUGCUUGUCCUAACCACCAAGAGUGAAAAGUAAGACACACCAUAGUCUGUGCUUCACCUUGAGCUGGACUGACAUGCCCCCAAGCAGAAGACCCACUGUAGUUCUCUCUUUUACAGUGUAACUAUAAUAUUAAUGUUUUAGUUUUUAGGCUGGAAUACAUAUGGAUGGAUUCCCGUAAACUUUUGUUAAGACAUGGAUUUCCCAUUAAUACAUUUAUUGCAAUCACUUUUCAUUUACAAAGUGCUGUCAUCAUGUCAGCUAUUCGGCUGUCCAGUAUUUUGUUUUUUGCCUAAAAAAAACAAAAGAAAUAUAAACCCGGUACAUUAACUGUAGUCCUCUCACCCUUAGCAGAAGAUUGAAUCCUUACAGGCAAAUGUUAACAGGAGCUUCCUAACUCUCUUAAACCGUCAAACUCAAUGUUUGCAUAGUCAACAUUUUACCCCUGAGCAUGUUAGCUUUAUGACAUUUACAUUUGGCCUCAAGUGCAGCUUCACAGAGCCAGCAGGUUACUCUUAGGCCUCUAGACUCUCAUGCUCAUUAUUAUUGUUGUUAAAGCUGUGAUGUCCGCAUACUAUGACACGUUUACACUUGUCUUUUGGCACACACCAACAUGAUCAUGUCAAUACAGAGUCUGUGAAUCAGAGCUUCAGCUGCUUGGAUAGAUGUCCAAUAUUUAAAUCUGGAUGAUAAUUUGUCACUUUUGAACCUUUUAUUGGCAUUUGACACUAUUUUCUGAAUAUCAGGGAACCCAGAAUAACAACAAAUUAUCAGAUAUAAUUAUUUUGAAUAUCACUGUGAGUUCCAUCUUACAAUUUUAAUGAAAAACAUCAACAGAAGAGUUAUAGGAGGAGUUAUGCAUGUUCAGGGCAGGAGCUGUAGCUGCGUGACACAAUUCUCACACUCAAUGAUUUAACCACUGGGCCAUUUUUAGCUUAACUUUUUCAUGACUGGUGUUGUGUUUCUUUGGUUUUAGGUAUCUGGUCUUCUUGUUCAAGACUACAGCCAUGAAUACAGCCAUUGGAACUCUGUCAAGUCUUUGGGACAGUGGCUACAAGAGGAGAAAGUAUGGAGUGAAUUGAUUUGAUGUAUCACAUGAUCCCAUAGAAAACAGAGAUUGCCUGCACAGAUGCUGAAUUUUCAAGUCUAACUUUACUCCUUUAAAGGUUCCUGCACUGUUUGGUAUUGACACCAGAAUGCUGACCAAGGUCAUCAGAGACAAGGUACAGUGACUACAAAGGUCUGAACUGCCACAUAAUUUAAAAUGCAUCUGCUGAUCACUCACUGUUUUGUUUCCUCCUCAGGGAACAGUGUUGGGGAAAAUUGAAUUUGAUGGGCAGCCUGUUGAGAUAUCUGACCCCAACCAGAAAAACCUUGUAGCAGAGGUCUCAACCAAGGUAACAGCUGCUGGCAAUAACUUCUAACACGCCCAAACAGUUGUUUUUGGAAAGGUCUGUUAUAACAUGUAUAAUGGAAUUUUUGUCUUUUCUUCAAAUUUUAUCCUCUUCUAAUCUUCAGGAAACCAAAGUGUUCGGAAAAGGAAACCCAAUAAAAGUGGUGGCUGUUGAUUGUGGCAUCAAACACAAUAUCAUCCGCUUGCUGGUCAAGGUGAGGAUAGAGGCAGAGGAAAUUUAAAAAAAAUAGUUUUUUUUUUUUUUUGUCUAAUCUGUAUUUUUAUUAAAUUUAAUUCUGAAACUUAAUACUUUCAUGACACAUCCCAAAAUGAUCGACUCUGCACAUAUAGAGAAAAUAUGCCGACACCAUGACACACUUUCCGCACCUUGACCUAGAAAAUAGGUGAAGGUGAAGUCAAAUAUAAAACAGGGAAAAUCAACUUGGAGUGUUUGUUCAUGUUCUUUUGCUGUAGGAUACAGCGGGCCUCUUUCUGUUUGCUUCAGUUGAUGCUUACUUGUUGAUAUUAGCUUGUAAUUGGUUGUAACUCUAAGUCAUAAAGAGCAGCCUGCAGCGACCUACUUUGACUGUUGUAUCUUUCCCUUCCUUCCUUUGUUGGUUUAUUGAAAUACUCGACUCUUUGGUCUUUUCUUUAAAAAGAAUAUUUAGCAUAUGGUUCAUCUCUUUGUACAUACAAAUAAUAGGUCUUUCACAGGGGUUAUGGUUGUUUGUCAGAAUGAACAAUACAAAUCAACUGUCAUUAAACUGUUAUGUGUACAAUAUUAUUAUUUGUUAGUGAUAGUAAAUCUAAAUCUUCAAACUCUGGCAAUCACUUGUUCUUUUUAGCGAGUACAUAACUCUGCAACAGUUGGAACUUCCAGUACGACACCUGCUCUAGUUUUAGCACAGUUUGAUAUGUAAGAGUUGAAUAUGUCUGUGUUCAUCUGUUUAUCUGUGUUCAGAGGGGUGCAGAGGUCCACCUCGUCCCAUGGGAUCAGGACUUGUUAAGUCUAGAUUAUGAUGGCCUGUUCAUCUCCAAUGGACCAGGAGAUCCUUCUCUCGCCAAUACACUCAUCCAGAAUGUUCGCAAGGUAGGAUUUUCAGCUCAUGAGGAGUCCAGAAUUUACUCAUUUAUUUACCUAUUAUUUAUUUAUUUAUUUAUUGUGCAGUAUGUUUGACUUGAAGGUGCUGUGUGUAGUAUUUAGUGACAUUUAGGAGAGCAGCAGACUUAUUAUAAAUAAAGUAUUUGUAAAUUAUUUUGAUUUAAACAAAGAAAUUUUAUGAUUCUUUUUGUAAACAUAGAACAAGGCUUUUACAUCUACAUAACCACAUACCCUACAGUGGAGGCCACUAGUUUGCACCCCCAUGUAUUUGCCUACAGUAGCACAAAGCAGACAAACCACUAAUGUAUGGGUAUUUGGAUUUUGUGAGUGGCUAUGUAAGAAGAAAAAGGAGAGAUUGAUGUUUGCAGAGUUAUAGAUGGAUGGAUAGAUAGAUGGACAGAAAGAAUUUUAUUGUCAUUGUGACAAGCACAACGAAAUUAAAAAGUGCCUUUACAGUCAGUGCAUUAAAAAAAGGAACAAUAAAACAUUAGACAGUAAAACAGUAAAACCAGUGCCGAGUUAAAACUAGUGAGAGAAUUAAAACUACACCCAUAAAUACAUAGGCAACACAUCAUCUGGCUUUCAUAGAGGCGUUGAUGGAACGGACAGCAUUUGGGAAAAAGCUGUUUUGCUGUCUUUUUGUCCUGGCUUUGAUGGCCCUGUACUGUGUGCCUACUGGCAGUGGCUCAAACAGGGGGUGGCCCAAUUUGUACUGAUAGACAAUUUUGAUGGUAAAACUUGAAAAAUGGGGGAUCUCCUCAGGAGCUCCUUGUCCCUGAAGGCCACCAUCAGGUCUCUGAUAGGAGGGGUGAACAAGGGAACAGAAUGUAACCUGUUUGAGAUUGUAUCUGUUUUUAUCAUGACCUGCCGUUUUUCUUCACAUAACCUUUUCUUUGUUUUGUCCUGUAAAGGUGCUUGACAGUGACCGUCCAGAGCCAGUGUUUGGGAUCUGUAUGGGCAACCAGAUCACAGCUCUGGCUGCAGGUGCUAAGUCAUACAAGCUACCUAUGGGCAACAGGUAACUUCUUUAAAAUUGAAGAGUACAUUCAAGUUACACUCUUAACACACGGAAAGCAUUGAUGAUGAUGAAGAUUGAGAGGAGCCUCAUUGAUCUGUUGUGUCUUGAAAGAUAUGAAUGUUUUAUCAUACAGUGUCUCUAACCAGGUAGCAAUGUGCGUACCCUCACGGUUGAUGAGACAUGUCAUGUGCAUUUCUGUUCUCAUUAAACAUUUGCAAAGCCACAACAUGAUUAUUUAAGUAUUGAUGGCAGUUUUAUCGGUGUGCAUGCAGUCUUUUGCUUUCAUGUAACUUGUUCAGGAUUCCCCAGGGAACCUUGUAAGUCCUGCUUUAGACCAGUAGUGUUUUGUUGAGCAUAGUAUUCUUCGUGCUGAAACGACCGUAUUUGGUCAAAGAGAUUUUAAAAUAUUAAAGAAAAAAGUCAUAAAUAUCAUGUUUUAUGCAUGUCUGUGGUCCCCCAGAGGCCAGAACCAGCCAGUGCUGAAUGUGAUGACAGACCAAGCCUUCAUUACGGCACAGAACCACGGCUAUGGCAUAGACAGCCAGUCCCUGCCUCCGGGAUGGAGCCCACUUUUCGUCAAUGCUAAUGAUGGCACAAAUGAGGUUUGUUAAACUCUUUGUGUACAGACAAUAUGUUAAUAUGAUUUUCUCUAUUUUGAGGUUGAAAAAAAAAACCUCAGACAGACUGAUCAACACAAUGUAGCUUACACAUAUCGAUGUACAAAAAUGGAUCAACCUGCUUCUUAUAGAAACUGAUAUUCAGAGCACCGAUGCUUUCCUUUCAGUUUCCUCAUGUAACCUCUGUGUGUUUUCCAGGGCAUCAUGCACAACACUAAACCUGUUUUUACGGCCCAGUUCCAUCCAGAGGCUAAAGGGGGUCCCACAGACACAGAGGUAAUUACAGACUUUGAAAGUGCUGCAUAAAGGGUCUGAAUGCUCGGUAUGCAAAGGUUGAAUUAAGGUAUUAACAGAGCACAACUUUGGUAAAAGUUGGAGCCUUUAGUUUAAACAGAACUUGUAUAAUUGUCCACUAACGAUCACAGUAGACUAGGAUUAAAAGUCAGAGGUUAACAGAGCAACAAGCAGAGGCGAGUUCGUUGGAUAAAUUCAUGUUUACAUGAAUGUUGAUAUAUUGGUGUGUAACCCACGACAUCACUAUCGGUGUAGUCAACCCUUGUGCUUGAUGUUCUGAGAUUUCAGGAGGACCACUGUCUGCUUGUCUGUGUGACAGCUCUUGUUUCCCAUACAGCAGGCAGCGAUUGUAGUUCAAGUUAUGUUGUAACCUCUGUCUUAUUAAGGCAGAGUAAUAAGAGCUGUCCUCUCUAGUGAAACACAGAGUUGACAGUGCUGCUGGAGAAUUCAUGCCUUCUGUGCUGGUUCGGCUUUUAAGGCAUGAUAAAUAAUUUUCACUAUGCCCAUUACAAAUUUCUUAAGCCUCUGGCUGUUUGGAGAAUUUUUUAGAUGCAUUUAUUGAAUGGAUUAAUUUCUAGUAUUUCAGGAGAAAGUUACAGUUAGUUCAGGCGCUUCAUUUUGUCAUCCAAAUCAUUUACUUAAUCAUCAUCAUCAAUAAAUGCUAACCCUGACCUGAUCUACUAAAAAUGUAAAAUGUUCAUUUAGAUAAAGCAAAAUGCACCAAUCAAGCUGAUAUAUGGUUUGACAGUACAAAUGAAUAGUCCUUCAUACUGGUCAAUUGAUGAGAAAGGCAGUCUGUGCUUUUGUGUGCUUGUACUGUUGAUUUUCUUGCAGACACAACAUCCUUUGUCAAAGAUAAGGCUCAGAUUUGAACACUGUGAAAGUCUACCAGACCCAACAGAUGUAAUGUUUUGCUCCUCAAAUUCUAGUAAAUAAUGAAAGCGGUGACCUUGAGAAACAUAGGACCCUUAAAAACAAUCUGUGCUACACCCUGACCUCCUACCCUUUGGUAUUUUUAGUCUUUGCACGAAUCACCAUGUUGUUGUGUUUGCAGCUCAAUAUCUUUUUUUGAAAUACUGGAAAAGAGGAGUUUAGAUUCUUUUGUUUUGGUCACAUUCACAGCAAAGUAAUUUAUCAUUUUUUUUUGUUUUCACAGUUUCUCUUUGACGCUUUCAUAUCCCUGAUUAAAAAAGGAAAGGAAACAAAUUUAGUGUCAGUCAUGCCAAAGAAACCCUCCAUCCCUCCCAGAGCCCAGGUAUGUACACUAAACAUCACACAGGUUCAUCUGGUUUAUCUCAGACUUUAUGAACAUGAAGUUCUUGUAGGUGUGUCCUUUCAAACAAGAGUCUUUACGAGAACAGUACCAGGAACGCACUUUAUCCGAUCACUAAUUCUAUGACUAAUGUGAACAACAAAAAAAGGAUGGACAUUUUUGAAGGUAGUGUUGCCUGUCAUGCAAAAAAGCCCCUCAUUGCAAAUAGAUCUUUAUGCUCUCAAUGAGAGUGCAUUACCUUUCGCUUUGUUUGCUGCAGGUAUCAAAGGUGCUUGUUCUAGGCUCUGGUGGUCUCUCUAUUGGUCAAGCUGGAGAGUUUGAUUACUCAGGAUCUCAGGCUGUCAAAGCCAUGAAGGUAAGAGCACAGCUGGAAAGUCACAUAGAUAACAUCCUUCAUUAUUCCUCAUACUUGGGUUUUGCUCUGCAUUCAUGGUAGAAAUGAGGAUCUGGUAUUUUGCAGGAGGAGAACCUGAAAACAGUGCUCAUGAACCCAAACAUAGCCUCUGUUCAGACCAAUGAGGUGGGCACCAAGCAAGCUGAUUCAGUCUACUUUCUGCCAGUCACACCAGAAUUUGUGACUGAAGUCAUCAAAACUGAGCGUCCCGAUGGCAUCCUGCUCUCCAUGGGUGGACAGACUGCACUCAAUUGCGGUGAGAUUUACGCAUUUUCGUAUAGAAUCACUUUCUUUGUUGCUCUGGUCCCUGUGCAGAAAAAGCCUGUUCUUUUUUCCAUCAAUUUUUUAUUUGGCUGAAGAAAUCCUCACUGAAGUCAAAUUAAAGUAAAUGUGUUUCUGUUAUUUAAACUGUACGUCUGACAUUCAUCUGUGUGGAUUGGUGUUCAUUUGGUGGUCAGGAGUUGAAUUAUUUCAGCGUGGCGUCCUGGAGCAGUAUGGAGUGAAGGUCCUGGGAACCCCAGUGGAGUCAAUUAUGGCCACGGAGGACCGACAGCUUUUUGCUGACAAACUGAUGGAGAUCAAUGAAAAGAUUGCACCCAGUAUCGCUGUCGAGACAGUAAGGAUCCUCACCCUAUGCAAAAACACAAAGUUUAAUCUUUGUUUGAGCUCCUGCCAGAUUAAAAAGGUGCUUGAAUAAAAACCUGUUUAUGUCAUUGACAGGUAUCUGAUGCCUUGAAAGCAGCAGAGAAGAUUGGCUACCCGGUGAUGUUGCGGUCAGCUUAUGCGCUGGGCGGCCUGGGCUCAGGUCUUUGUGCCAACAAGGAAAAGUUGGAAGAAACGGCACACAAGGUCAGAAUAAACCGUGUUGUGUCCCGACAGUGUUCACACCAAGAGAAUCGUUAAUGUGGCUUUUUUUAAAGUUGUUUCACUUUUUAUUCUUUUAUAAAUGUCGCUGGUCAUAUCAGGAAUUCAAGAAUUGAACUCUUGCACGGACAAACUUUUUUAACUUUUACACCUUUACCCAGGUCCACAGCAUUAACCUUAAGGAAGAUAAAAGCUGUGAAAUUGUUUAGAUAUGUUUCUUUGGUGUUCUGCUCAAAAGGAAUAGUUUGCUGUUGCUAAGCAACAUCCUUUAGUGCUCAUUCAGUAUCCAGCAUUAUGUCUGACUGCUCUAUCGGUUAUAAUCUGUGAUCACUGGCUGCAAAAUGAACAGUCUGGGUAAGACUGGUUCAGAUCGAUGCAUACUUCUGAUGCAGUGCUGAAUCUUCUUCAUCUGCUUUCUGUCAUUUUGCUUUUAAAAACAUUUAUUUUUAUUUAAAAGAGUUAGAGCUAGGGUUCAAUGCUGAAGCUUUCCCAACUGCUGCUCAGUGGCCGCUUUCCUGGCUGUAGGAAGUGCAGGAGUGUGAUUACAGACUCAUUAGACAGAGUUAUAGGGUCUUUGGCAUUUUAGUAACAUAAGCAUGAUUAAACCCUUUAUUCUCUUUCAUAUCAAAAGGAUUGUUUUGUUCAUUUUUAUUCAAUAAUCAAACACAACAAAACAUAUUGUAUUAUGUUGUAUCAGAUAUACUCAUAUUUUUGGUUUUACAUAUUAUUUUGAUGCCCAAAAAUAUGAAUGUCUUUUAUCUGUUUUAAGCCAAUAAUAUAAGUAGUAUGUUUUUCUGUAUCCCUUUUAUAGUUCACCUCAUACUUUUUAACAGCUGCAAUAAUGGCAACAAAAAAGAGGCAUAGCACAGGCAACACGAGUACAUGUAUGUAGUCUGUUGUCCAGUCAUAUUUAUUUGUUUUGUGUUUCAGUUAUUUAGAUGUGGAUUGUGUCUAUGUCCAAAGCCAUCUGUCUAUAUGACUGAAAUAUAGGAACAAACAGCCCCUUCAUUACAGUCAUAAAUAUAAGGUUAGAUCUUUUAGCUGAGGAUGAGUCAGGAUGAGAAUUCGUCAGUGUGGACAACCAGCUUCUAAACUGGUAAUACUGCAUUCACAUUUUAGGCUCUGGCCAUGAGCAGCCAGAUCCUGGUGGAGAAGUCUCUGCUUGGUUGGAAGGAGGUGGAGUAUGAGGUGGUGAGAGACGUGGCUGAUAACUGUGUGACCGUCUGCAACAUGGAGAACUUCGACCCUCUGGGCAUUCACACAGGUACAGCAACAUAAAGUGAUUGUUUCUUUUUUUUCUGCUGCAGUUAAUCUGCUCUGCUGUCUUCUGUAUCUACUGUGACCUUCAGGCAAAUAAGUAUUCUUGUGGAAGUAUAACCAGAGGGCAAGUUUUUUCUUUUCCUUUUUUUAAAAAGAGCAGGUUUUACAUGUUGGUCAUAUUCUCUAGUGUGCAUCUAAAAAGAGGACAUGAGAGAUUCAAUAUUUGAAUGCGAAACUGUAGAAUUGGGGUUUAGUUCUGCCCCAAAGCUUUAAGACAGCAUUUACCUCUAAUCAAAGAUGGUCUGAGUGCUUCUGGCAAAUUUCUAAAGCAAAGACAACAAAGUUUUUAUUAAAAUAGAAAAAAAAGUAAAGGUGUGACCUAAAAUUUGUUGAUAUAGUUCUAUGAGAUCGAUACUAGGAUUGCCACAGGAUUUGAUUUUGAGAAUUCAGAAAAUAUUCCUCACUGUCUAAAGCCAAUCUUGACCCUAAUCUUUUUUUUCCCUUCUUCAGGUGACUCCAUAGUGGUGGCACCAAGUCAGACAUUAUCCAAUGAGGAGUACCACAUGCUUCGAGAGACUGCCAUUAAAGUGGUGCGUCACCUGGGCAUCAUCGGAGAGUGCAACAUCCAGUACGCAUUACAUCCCUCGUCCCUGGAGUACUGCAUCAUUGAGGUUAACGCUCGGCUCUCCAGAAGCUCUGCUCUGGCAUCCAAAGCCACUGGGUGAGUGAACACAUGUACAGUAUACAAAUGAUUCAGCAAUGUGCAACUGAAUUACCACUCCAGUUUUCACUAACACUGCUCCCCCUGGUGGUUGGAUAAAGCAUUUUCAACCAGGGGUUCUGGAGGAGGUCUCAGUUGGCUAAGCUGGGAGAGAUCAACAUAGUCUUCUGCCCAAAUUUACAACUUAAGGAUUUUAUUAAAUACUAAUAUGCUUAAUAUUAUUCAUAGCUUAUAAAUUUUAACAGAGUUUCAUAAUAAUUUUAGAAUACUUUAUCUUGUUAGGGGGACAUGAUAGGAUGAAAGUAUAAACUCCAAAAAUGGAGUAUGUAAAUCAAUAAGGUCAGAGAUGUAAAUGUCGAUGUGUGGCUUGCACAGCAAAAACCGACAAAAAUCGGCAGGUGAUGAAUGAAGUUGUAAGGAGAUAAAAAAUCCGGCUUCUCUAAGCAGUAAGGAAUACUCAAGUCUGCAUUGAGCGAGUCAUGUGGAGACUAUCAUCAUACUUCAACAGACAAAGAGCAUCACACAAGGAAGUAAGCACAGAUGAUCAUAUAGACUGUUAUAAGGUCAUCAGAGUUGUUUAUAUAACUAACAGACAUCUUUCUUUUAUAAAGGUGAGGGCAGAUUUACAGACAGUGGUGAACAAUCAAUACUCUCUGGAGAUGUUAAUAUAAGACGAGGUCAUUCUGAAUGUACUGUCUGCUGAAGCUACAGUUAGUGAACUUCAGAGUGAGUUACAUCAGAUCAGAUCUGUGCACUGUGGCGUGCUCCCUCAGCCUCACUCCCACUUGUCUGCAUGAGCUCCCUCCCCCUUUCCCUUACUCAGACGUUUCAGAGUUAUUUUCAAAUGAUCAAAUCUGAGUUCAGCUUCAAAAAAACGAAGAAAAUAAAUACAAAAUGUAUCCGCCAGAGCUAUCAUGGUGUCCCUGCACGGCUACAUUACUCAGCAAAACACAACUUUAGCCGAACUGAACUCUUUCUGCUGCUCAAUUUAACUUUAUGAUCUGGAUAACUUUUUUCGGUUUAUACACUAUUAUCAGAGACUACACAGAGAGGAAUAUCACAUCUACACAUCUCAUAAAAAGGGACACAAACUUUCGCUUUAAAUUGUGCCUGAUAUUAGAGGUGCUACAGCAUGACUACUCUGCUUAAUUACAUCCUGUGACCACACCUCCUGGUUAUGGUUGUAACCAGUCAGGCUGCGUUUACUGUUUCCUUUUAUAAGGAUCUCAUGAUAGUCAAUGAUAAAGCCGUUAUCCAGAAAGGAUCUUGUUUGGAUAUGCAUCCUGGGCCUUGUUCCUAUUUAUAACCUAUUUAUUGAUAUUAUGGAAUUGAAGGUAGAAGGUCAUGAACCUUACAGAGACGGUAGAUAUGGGGCCAGGAUGGUUGAGCUGAUGCCAUCAGGACCCAGAACCUUUCUAACCUUCAUCCUCUUCAGUUUCCUCUGUACCUGGGACAUGGAGAAGGACAGGCUGGAGCUGGCUGACUGUGUGCUGAUGGGUGUAGGACACUCAGGAGGGGGAGUAGAGGGUGUGCAGGGGGGUUGGGAGGUUACGACAGGGAGAGUCGUUAGAGCAGGGGUCAUGCAGUCAUCGGGAGGUGUGAAUGGCUGCAGCAGGAUGGGUUGAGUGGGGGAGGGGUGGAUAGCUGGUCAAACCUGUUAUAGAAGAUGUUUAGGUUGUCCACCCAUUCCUGGUCUCUUAGCUUUUGUGGCCUUGUGACUGGAGAUUGUUUUCUGGACUUAGAAGGUUUAUAAUAAAGUAUUGGGGAACUUUUGAUGCGUUUUUUGGUAUUGUUGCCUUUCAUCAUCUGCAUGCGGCAACGCAAUAUGAACAUAUGAAGUUUGGAACAGAGGUCUCUCCAGCCUCCAUUACAUUAGAUCAGGUAGAUGAGGAUUGAGGCAGCUAAUAUAACAGGUGGUCAUAUUGCAUAUAUCGAGGUGUCGUUGUAGGUUUGUCUAGACAAAAAACAAACACGACAUGCUAACAAAUGAUGAGUCUGAGAGGUAUUUGGUAAAAAUACUUUUAUUCAGAUUUGGUUAAUGGUGUGUGUUGGUAUAUGUGUGUGUUUCCCACAGACGAUUGUUGUAUGUUUGGUGGCGGGGUGGUUGCUUUGGCUGCACCACCUAUGAGAACAUAGUAUGAGUUGGCAAAGUCUGAACAGAUUUUUAUGCUGAUUGAAAUAGUGAAUGGUACAAUAUGAAUUAUACCCUAGAGUGAAUAAGCCAAACACGUACCUGUACCUCUAUGUCUCCACUCCCAGGGUGCACUGGUAUAAGAGUCCCCGGGGAAACAAACAGCCUUUUUAGUGUUCCAAUACAUGCCUACUCUGUAGGUUUGACCCAUCUCCUGUCUCUGCCUCCUUAUAUGGUCAUGACUGCUCACAAUUUCAUUCUCACAGGGUGAUACAGGCCAUUUUAGUCAACUAAUUUGAGAGUCUAAUUGUAGUCCCACCACAGCAGACCAGCAUCUAUCAAAGAUGGCGUAUUUGAAUAGUCUAGUCUGAGAGCUGCCUGAGUCUCUUUGCACAGUGGUAGUUCCUCUUACAAGUUCUCUCUUACAUUAUGCUUUGGCCUCAUGUUUUUCAUCAAGGUCUUAGUCAUGUGUUUUGGAAAAGACUGAAUUCAAUGGGGUUGCUGAUAAUGUAUUAGCCAGCCCAAUAUUGGUUGACAUGCAUACAUGCAAGACCUUUACUGUGUGAUUAUCCUAUCCAGGCUUAUUUUGUGCAAACCUUAACCUUACAGGUGAUUUUGGUCUCUUUGCUCCUUGGUCCAUGUCUUAGGUAUCCCUUGGCUUUUGUUGCUGCUAAGCUGGCUUUGGGUAUCCCCCUGCCUGAAAUCAAAAAUGCUGUAUCAGAAAAGACCACUGCCUGCUUUGAGCCCAGUCUGGACUACAUAGUCACCAAGAUCCCUCGCUGGGACCUGGACCGUUUUCAGGGCAUGUCCCAUGAAAUAGGCAGUGCCAUGAAGAGUGUGGGAGAGGUGAGAAGAAAUCCACGGACAAACAUGCAUUCACUCAUUUACUAAGCUGCAUAUUCAGCACAUUGACACACCUCCAUUACUUUAUUAUUCACUUCCCUUUUCUGAUGUAGGUCAUGGCAAUUGGCCGGACCUUUGAAGAGAGUAUCCAGAAGGCCCUGAGAAUGUGUCAUCCUUCAGUUGAUGGUUUCAUGCCUCGGCUGCCACUGAAGAAAGCCUGGGCUGACACCCAGGACCUUCAGAAGGAGCUGUCUGUGCCUUCAAGCACCCGAAUCUUCUCUAUCGCCAAGGUACUCCUUUCUUUUACAACAUUGAUCCCUUACUUCAAACACGUUUUGAUGCAAAAAAAGACUACUUUAGAGACAUACAGAAACGUGAUAUGCAGGUUAAAUGCAGUCAAGGCCUGCAUGCUGUGAAUUCUUAACUUUGCUGAUUGCUUUUACAUAAAUAUGUGCAACAACUCAAUAUGUUUUCAGACAACAUUAUAUGCAGACUGAUAUAUCUAAUGCUUGUCUGUUGUGUUUCUUCUCUUCAGUCCCUUUACAGUGGUUGGAGUGUUGAUCAGAUCCACCAGCUGACAGCCAUAGACAAGUGGUUCCUCCACAAACUCCAAAGUAUCACACAUCUGGAGCAGCAUCUGGCAAACUUCAAGAGGUAAACUGAGACACAGCAGCAUACCUCAUUAAAAAAAAGUAAAAAGUUGCUUGCAAGUCUACUUAGUGGUGAUUGAUUUAUGUGAAAUAUUUACUGUGACUCAUUGUCAAAUUUUGUUGUGUAUUUGUAUAUGCUUGCACAUAAUCUUACUCUCGUUGACACAACUCUGCAGAUCCUGAAAUGAGAUUUCUCUCUUAAUAUCCCCUAACUUGUCUUUUGCCAUGAGUGUGUUCAUAUCCAUGCAGGACUGUUUUCCUCACCUGUACUUGUCUGACCCUGCAGGAUUUCACUCUUUCUCUUGUGUCCUCAAAUGCACCAGCGUCCUCAUAACAGCAUCUGUGAAUUGGAAAGAUAAUCUCUCCUAUUAUCCUCUGUAAAGCCCCAGCUGGCAGCUGUUAUAAUUAGAAAUGUAUAACAUGUAUAAUUCUUUGAUAAGAGAGUGUUAAUCUUAAAAAGAUCAAAUGAGCUCAAGUCUCUUCACGUCCUCCUUUCUCUCUCUUGUGGUUUGCCUCCUCACGGCUGCAUCACUCUCUUUCUUUCUGCCCUCGGGCUCUUACCUGGACAGCCAUUGUGAAUUUUCAUGGCCCAGCCACAGGUUACCCGCUGCAACCUUCUGACUCUGCUGUUCAAUAAUUAAUGGCAGGCUGUCUGGUGGGCGUCCACCGCAACUCUUUGACACAUGGAGGGCUGUUGUAGUCUCUCCACUGCCUCUGAAGCAGGGGACAUUCAGAUGGGCACACAACAAUAGGCUGCUGCCAGACUGAUGGAGCGUAAAGCCGAGUACAGGUGGGCGUCAGGCUCUACCGGUCAGCAGACUCACUGUUUAUGUGCGAGAAAACCCCCAAAAGGUGUAGCUCCUAUCGCCGUAGCAAGAACUGAAACAUAUUUAUUGGUGGAGAUGACUAUUCUCCUUUUUUGUAUUUCUCAUUAAUGUUUUUGUUUAAGUUUAUAUGAGCACCACCAUUAAUGCUAAAUAUCAAUCUGACUGUAACUCUUCAGUCUGCUUCGACUGAAAUUCAAGUCAAACACACAGAAACAAUCACAGUUUCUCACGAGAACAUCCAGCUCUUGUAAUGUUUGAACACAGAAACAAGAUUCUUGUUGGAUUAUGUUUACAACCCCCUCCAUGUAUUCCAUAGAGACGAGGUAAAUAUCAACACAAGUCUUUGUUAAAUUUGUUUGACUCAAGAUAUGAUUCGAUGAUAAUACACUACUACAUCACCGACACUGAAACAGAGAUAAUCAUGUAAGCCCUGUGCAAGUAUUGCAAUCAAAGGGUAACCCAGUUUGUAAGGGGAGUUUACAUUCAUUACGUAAUUGUCAUUACAUUUAGCAAUCAUUGCAGAGCUGCUGUGAUAAAACUAGCCACGUUUACAUGAGCAAAAUUUCUUGAUCCGGUUAAAAAUUUGAGGAAUCGGAAAAUCUGGAUUGGGCACAAGAUCACAUAAUCCGACCAUGAUGUGCGUAUACAUGCACCAAACUUAAUUCAGAUUAGAAGCAUUUGGACAUGUGCAGAGUUGUCUAAUUUCGCGACAACAACCACAGAAGAAGAGUUGUAUUUACGCCUGUGCUGUCAACAAACGAACAAACACGGUCAUGGCUCACUUCAUCCAAUUCAGGAGUUUUCCCCUCUGUUAAAUGUUGUCACUAGAUGGCACCCUUGCUCCCUUAUUCUACUGUUCUGUCAAAGGUUGCACUGUGCGUGCAGAUGUGACAUCAUUACGCUGUAUGUACGCCUUGUUAUGUAAUCGGAGGAGCAGACAGAGUGUUUAAUGCCAGAGUGUUAAUAAUGAAUCUCCCUGUACUGACCUCAAUAAAUAAGCCAAAGGCCAAAGAGUGAAGAUCGAGUCAGGUUAGAGAGUCACGAUCGGAGUGAGUGUUUACAUGGACACGUUUCUGAAUAAUGAUUGGCAUAAACCACCCCCUCUCAAUCGGAAUACAAUUUCUAACCCAUUGAGCUGAGUUGGAUCAGAAUCUUCUGACCAACAUAUUUACAUGAAGCAUUAUUAUUAUGAUCUGACCUUUAGUCCGAUUAUUUGUGCCCAUGUGAACGUGGCUAGUGUUAUUCAUGGCCAUGUUUGGGAUAUAAUAUCCUAUCCUUGGUCUCUGCACAUGUGAACACAAACACCACUGUUGUAAAAGGGAAUCUGCACACACGUUAACAGUAUGCAGUGGAUUCCCUCUCACCUGUAGCUGAUCUUCUGAAGAUCAGACUCCAAAGUCUCAGAUCAAAUAUCUGUCCCUCUCCUGAUUUGAGUCCAGAACCACUUCUUCUCCAGAUAUAGUUCCUCGGUGUUGUUAUUUCUCAGCACAGCCAUGUGCAGCGGGAGUUUAAACACACUUGACAUUUCCAAUAUUGUUACGCUACAAGAUGAUAAAUAAUUCAGAUAAGGAGGAGGGGGAGAAAGUUGUGGUUUACCAGAUACAAGAAUUUGUUCUAUUUCCACCUGGGUUUAAAGGAACACCGGGACAUUAUCGCAAAUACUCUGCUUGCUUCCUUUGAUGAAACUGAUGUUGAUCUUCUCAUGCAACACAAAGUGCGUCUGUGGAUAAAGUUUAUCUUGGUGCAAAAACAGACCAAAGGAACUGUUGGUUGUGAGUCUUCAAAAGAGGCAUGCAAAGACUUCUUAGCAGAACCAAAGUUUUAUUUGAAGUUUCAAAAAAGUUUUGAGUUUAAUAAGCAGAUACAAAAGUUAGAUGGCCAGCCACAUCAACAUUCAGACCUCAGAUUACACCAGCGUCUCACAUGUUCAGUCCUCCAUGGGAAGUUGAAGGCUUUUCACAUUUCCAGUCUGCUGGAAAAAAUGAUGCAACAUAUGAAGACAAGAGUUUUAAGAGGGGAACUUUUCCACUUACAGCAGAUGCUGGCUGUAUCACCCUGUUUCAAAUCUGUCAAAGUUAGGCUUCACAUUUCUCUGACAAAUCCGGACACUGAAUCCAUAGUGGUGUGUGUAAUAUCAGUCAAUAUCAGUAAUAUCUCAAAAACUUUUUUUUUUUUUUCAUACAGUGACACUGUACCCGAGAGCCUGCUGCUGAAGGCCAAGCAGGAUGGCUUUUCAGACCGGCAGGUUGGUCAAAUUCUGGGCUCAAGUGAGAGAGCAGCCAGAGAGCUCAGGCUCAUGCACGGCAUCAGGCCUUGGGUGAAACAGGUGAGCAUCACUGGGGCGUCCUCCUUCAGCUUUCAUAGCAGAUGACGGACAUUGAUAAUCAACAGUUCUGCGCAUGUCAAUUUGUUGUUAAAUAAGAUUUAUGAUUUCCUUAAGGAAACCUUAGAAAUAUGUUGUCCUUCCCUGUUUCCUACCAGAUUGAUUACCACAAGUGAAAACUUCUUCCCAGCUUAUGCUCCUCUAACCUGUAAUUUUUCUGACGGCUUCUCUUAGAUUGACACUUUAGCAGCUGAGUAUCCGGCAAUGACCAACUACCUGUAUUGUACUUAUCAUGGUCAGGUAUGUGAUUUUGCCAUCAGCAUUUGAAAAUAUGAUUAUCCACAGGAAUGCAUAAUCAACAGUCCUUUUGGUGAUUUAUCUCAUCCCUCAGGAGCAUGAUCUGGACUUUAAUGACAAGGGAAUCAUGGUUCUUGGUUGUGGGCCCUACCACAUUGGUAAGUCCAGCUAAAAAAAUCAAACAAAUUAGGGGGUUUCUAUUUUUUUAAUGAAUUCUACCUUGACUGAUUGAUGUCAUGGUACUUUUUAGUAGCUUGCAUGCAAUGAUCUAACUAAAAGAGGGAUAGCACCAAUGGAGAAAAAAGAAUCCAAACACAAUAAUCAUCAUAAGCCAAAUGAUAAAUACAGAAGAUGAGGGUCAUUUAAAUUCCCUCUCACACCCUCAAACUUGUUAACUCUUUAAUCCAACAGGGAGCAGUGUUGAGUUUGACUGGUGUGCAGUGUCAAGCAUCAGAGCUCUGAGACAGAUGGGUAAGAAGACAGUGGUGGUCAACCACAAUCCGGAGACAGUCAGCACUGACUUUGACGAGUGUGACCGCCUUUACUUUGAGGAGCUGACCCUUGAACGCAUCCUGGACAUUUCCCUACAAGAGGUAAGGACAAACAUAGGCACAUGCAAUUUCUAAUGAGUGAAAAUACAAAGACUUUCACUGAACUUAAACUUUUCUCAAGACAGUGUGGACAGGUUUAGUUAGGUCUAACACAGGGUUUUGCCUGCGAUAUAAGCAGCCUAAAAAAUUCUGACAAUAUCAAUAUAACGAUAAUACAAUCCAGUCAUGGUAAAGUUUCCUAUAUCAGAGUUUAUUUUUAUGGCUGAAUAUGUAAAAAAAAGAGUAUAAAUAUAAAUCAUAUCCUCUGAUUCAAAACCAGGAAAGACAACAAGACAUUAAACAUGAGGCUUACUUGUAAACAGAUUUUGUGAUGCUAGGUUUGCAGACAGCAUAUGCGUGAUAGCAUGAUAGCAAAUGUCUACAAAGCUAAAAAAAAAAGAGGAAUGCUCUCUACUCAGAGUGGAAUGGUUGAUAUAUUAUUUACAUUGGAGGAUGGAUAAAUGUGCAGCUUUUUCUGCUUUAACUCUUGACCUGAAUGAAAACCAAACAAAACCCCUUUAUUGCUCUGAGAGAAUAGAAAAGCUCUGAAUACGUGCUAAUUAGACUAUUUAUUAUGCUCCACUGGAGGCUCACCUAAGAUUUAACAGCAUGAGUUUCUAUUGUUCAAGAUUUCAGGACUUUUUAAAAGAGAUUUUCAAGGUUUAACGACCUCUCUCUAACAAUUGAGCUAAAUUAGUGGUGCUGGCUUAAUGGUUUUUGGUAAAUUUAAUUUUAAGUCAUUAUUUUUAAUCACUGUGUUACAUUCAAAUGAUUUAAUAACGAGGCUCUAUAGAAGAGAGGUCAUAUAAAAACACCAGAUCUUAAGGUAUGGCAUCUUAAGUCCUUUUACUUUCAUGGCUAAAGGUUCAGAGUACACUUUGAAAACCCUGAGAUGACCACAGAGUGGCCUUUUUUAGUGUAUUAAACUUGAACAAGGAUGUGAAUUCACCAGAACAGACUCAACCUUGUGCCCACUCUGGGUGUAAGUAGAGCUGGCCUUGAAGAUCACAAAAUAUUCUCAAGAGCAUGCCCAUUUCAGUGAUUUUUUUUUUUCCCUGUGAAAAUGUUUGCUAGUUUCAGUGUUGAUCUGUUGUGUUGUGCACUUGUGUACUAAUGUCCACCGACUUUCCCUUGCAGAGGAAUUAUAAUCCAGUUAAAGUUGCGAUGGGAUCAGGGUGUGAUUAAGUGUUUGUUUGUUCUGGGAGAUAGCAUUAAACAUCAAUCCCUCUCUCACAGCUACAGUCCCCUCUUGCUCUCCGUGUGUGCGUGUGUUUGUGUGUGAGUGUGUGUGUGAUAAAUACGGCAUUAGAGCAUGAAGAUAAACCCUGGACAGGAGAGCAGGAGAGCAGGCCUAUGAAUAAUGAAGAGAUACAACCUGGCAUUACCAUGGAAACAGCAUCCCCCCUGGAACAGAUAGACAGAAAAAAGGGGCUGCACACUCUUAUUAAAAAGAGCCAACACAUUUGUUUACCACACACAUAUGUACACACUUUUGCCUGUGAUAACAAAACCUGCAGCACAACAGUGAUCAACUUGUUUUUGUUUUCCUGGUAGUUUCAUAGUGUAAUCACAACCCAGAAUAAAUGACAGUGGCCACAGGUUUCAGACUGUUCAUCUUGGCUCAUAGGACAGGAGAAGGGAGAUCAUCUGUCACGUCCUGGACCUCCUGCCACGGGCAUUUCCUCUCCUUCUUAGUAUUUUAUUAAUCUUUCUGCUCUACCCUCAGUUUCCCUUUUCCUGACAUCCUUUUCCUUUUCCUUUCUUUUUUCAUCAGAGUUGCACAGGCAGCAUUGUGUCAGUAGGAGGCCAGAUCCCUAACAACCUAGCUGCCCCCUUGCAUUUGAACGGGGUGAAGAUUCUUGGGACCAGCCCCCUGCAGAUCGACAGGGCUGAAGAGCGCUCAGUCUUCUCCAGUAUCCUUGAUGACCUUGGAGUGGCACAGGCCCCAUGGAGGGCCCUCAGCUCCCUGGUGAGAGACACAAAUAUGGAAAGAAGAGGGAUUCAUGAAUCAUUUAAACUCUUUAAUUUAUAUUAUGGUUCAGGAGAAAAACAUUUUUUUUUUACGUCUUUAUGUUUGAGCACAUUAUAUGCAUUUAAAGUGAUACACAAAAUCUGACAUAGUGUUGGCACCAUUUAUUUACAUAUUUGGUAUAAUAAUACAAACAGUUUCCUGAAGGUCUCAUGAUGACUAGGGAUGUAAACACAGUUUCAAUUUUUUGAAACCUAAAAAUCAAGAUCAUUUGGGCUUUUAUCGGCUCUGCUAUUGGGUUCUGUGGGUCCAAUGAUGCACUGUUGUAUCUCAAAUCACUAGUGCAAAAUCAUUGCUUUACUGAGUGUUUAGUGUGAUAGAAACAAAUAGCAGGUCGACAGGUAUUUAACUACAUGAAAGAAUCCAGGUGUUAAAGUUGAUGUAAGGAUGGCUGAAUGUUAGAAAAAGUCAGCUGUUUGGCUACAUUUGAACAACGCUUAAGAGAAGGAGGAAGCUACUGCAACAUGCAAGGAGAGAGCAAAACCUCCAUGGCCAAGCACAACCCCCAUGUGGGUGAUAUCAAUAUAAGAUGCAUUAAGGCAACUUCUCCUGUCUUUGGAAUAAACUAAACUUGGUCAGCUCUCGAUGCAGCUGCUGCUGUAGGACAGUCCCCCUCCUCCUUCUUGUUAGUUAGACUUUAUUUCUGUGUUUAAAUUUGUAUAGAAAUCAGCAGUAUAAAAGCUAGGAAGCUGAAUAGAUAGGUCAUAAUGCAAUGUGUCCAAGAUGGGGUCAAUAAAAUAAGGCCAGGCAAAGGCUAAUAAAAGAUCAUUAAAGAAGUGGGGAGAGUUUUGUCGAAAACAUUUCUGUUUCCACUGAGUAAUAAGAGAAUUGAUAGUGGAAUUGAUAACGAGUCAGCUUGUAUUUGAAGCUCAAUAAUAAAAUCAAUAUCAGUAUAAUUUAACUCUCGGCCUCUAAUGAUGGCACUCUGUAUUUAGUUUUUAUGGGUACACGUCUCAUCUUCAUUUCUGAUUCAUUAUUUUUUGUAUUUAUUUAUUUGUAUUUACUUUAAACACACAUAACUAAAGUCCACAGCCCUACAGCAUUACACCUUUUACUGUCUGUUUUACAAUCUAAAAAAGCUCUUUUGGAGGCGUUUUACCUCUGUACCUGCUGAUGUGUUCAGUGCUUUUUUGUAUUCCUCUCUAAACUUGCUUGCAGCUAUGGCAAAAUAAAACACUCCCAGGCCCCUCUGUGGAUUAUGUGGAGCAUAAAAAUGUGUCUGAAGUUAGUGCAGAAAAAUGUCUUUUACAUCAAAGUUUCUCAUUUAUUCAGUAAUCGAUGAGGAGAGAUGAACUGUUACACAUAGAUAAAGCUCUAUUUCCCUGCAGACCUUAAAAAGAAACCGUUUGAUUUUAUUGGACUGGAUUACCUCCAGCAGAGACAUAAGGACAAGCUUUUUUGCAUCCCUCUGAAGCUAUUUUAUGUUUGUUAAUGAUACUUUACCUGGAGAGUGAACACUGGGUUAUGAUAUAUAGUAGAUAAAAACAGUGAUGAUGAUGAUGAUAAGUAGCAGAAGACAGAGGAGGAGGAGGAAGAGAGGAAGGACGUGCAGCCUUGCUCUUGUUGCUAAACUCUGGCUGUGACUCAGACCCUCUUUCUCUCCCUCCUCAUGUGAACUCAAUGAAAGAGAAGAAAACCAAAGGGGAAGGAUUGGAGCUGCUCUUUUAUGAUUGUUGGGGCACUUCAACUCUGUUUUUCUCUCUUUUGAUUAGUUCAGUUAGAUCGAGAAUGGGAGAGAUGGGGCUACUGUAUAGAAAUGAGUUUUUACAUCAGAUAGGAGUAACUUUUCAAACAUACAGCUUAGAUUAGAUAUGGAUUCUUUGUUUCUGUCUCAAUUGGCUGUUAUCAUACAGCUUCAUAUAUUCUAUAAAUUCCUCUGUGAUAAAUUCACUGAGGUGCACAAUUAUUAAAAAACAAAACAAAUGUUCUCCCCGCUGUAAAAGCAGUUUAUUCUUUUCUUUUGUGUUUCUUCAGGAAUGGCUUCGUGUUAUAGACUCUUUUCUCUGGCUUUUGUACUCGUGAGAGUGAGAUUUCUUCUUUGUUUGCUGAAAAAUACUUUAUCUAGGAGUAAUUGAGUUUGUUUUCUCUCUAUCCCACAACUUCUUAAAACAGUUAAAAGUGAGUUAAAUGUCGGCGGGGACACAGGUGUAGGUGUUACAGUUUUAUAAUGUUGUGGUCAGUAAUCUUCAAACUGCCCAGUCUUUUCAAUGUUUCCACUCUUUUUGUAGCUCAGCCUAAUUACACUGUAGACCAGCCCUGAUCGUCCAUCUAUAUUGUUGCUUUCACUUUUUUAAAUAACCAUGACCUAUGUUGUAGUGCUUCAUUCAUGGUAUUUAUUUUACACUUUUUAAUGUUCACUUUCUUGAUACCUACAUAUUUCAAUAGACAUCUGUAGGAUCAUUUUGUUAUCCCUAAUGCUAAAGACAGACUCAAAUUUUAUUAACAGUUCAACCCAUAGUUGAUUUCUUGUUUUAUUCUUGUUUUGAAUUAUAAAGCUUAAAACAUCUGCACCUCUCUUCCUUCACAGGAAGAUGCCUUUUCUUUUGCCAACCAGGUGGGCUAUCCCUGUCUACUGCGUCCCUCCUAUGUGCUCAGGUAAGUUUGAACACAUAGCGUGUUCGACCACAGUAAAAAAGUUGAUCCUACCAUUGAUGUAUGACGAGGCUUUUUCAAGUAUUUGGUCAACAAUUGAAAGAACUGAAGAGACAAAGAGAGUCAGAUUUAAACCAGUAAAAUAUAUCAAUAAAUCUCUGAGGAGGACAGUGGUCCUAACAGCCUAAAACAUGAAAGUGAAAACAAAUCAUCAAUGAUCUUAAAACAGUUUUAUUGAAUUUAUCACAAACUAAGUCAGAUGAAUUUUAGCUGUGAUGAUGUAUGCUCUUUACUCUUAACAUGGCUCAUUAAAUUCUGCAAUGAUGCUUUUGUCCAGCAGGUGUCAUAUUGGGACCCUGUGUUUAACAGGGCUUUGCUGCUGAAAACUAACACAUGUAUGAAAUAAGGAGUUAUGAACUUAAUGUUUUGCCGCCAUGCUGUCUGAAAUGAGAAUUCACUUGUUUGGUUGAAUGUGAAACUCUAAGAGUCACACGCUUAUCUACAUAGAAACCAUUAUGAGUCAAAAAAGUCGGAGUAAUAUCAUUCAGUACUCAAACUAACAAAGUUUGAAAGAGUAAACCCCAGAUUAUCGUUCUAAAACAAAUCCAGAAGGAACUCUGAUUGUAUUUUUAAUCUCUUUUGAUUAUGUCAACAUUUUACUCAGCAGAAUAACUGCUGUGACCUGCCAAUACUGCAAAGAAUAGUUCUUAAAUGAUAUGCACAAGUAAUUAGGACAGUUUGCAGAGCCGUUUCUCAGUUACGCAAUAGAUCUUUAUCAGUAAAACAGCCUCAACAAUGUCUAAGGAUGAAACAUUUGGGAAUAGUCUUCACUGCGUAAAGUUGCUGCAAAUACCUGAGUGGCAAUGAAAAGUGAAAAUGCAAACGCUCAUUGGCUCUGCUUCAUGUCUGCCUGUGUGAAAGCAAUUUCUGAGGUCUCCACUGAGUAUAAGUAAGCGAGGGACAAGUUAAUUUUUGAUGAUACCACCAUUUUAUUAUUGUCUUGAUAAUAUGCAUGUGUGUCCUCAACCUUUUAAUCGGAUGUGUAACACGUGUCGGACAACAGUUUGGGUCAGUCUCAACUUAAUUUUGAGCUCCGCAGCUCUUUCAUGAAAUGCUAUUUUCCACAGCUGUCACUGUUUUUUUAUUUUUUGUUUUUUUUUACGUACAGUAAGAUACUGAACAAGAUACUGAUGAGGUGACAAAAAAACAUUAAAUCCACUUUUUUUAUAAUUACAUUUUGUCAUGAAAAGCACAACAUUCAUUCCUAACUAAACUCAUCUUAGAUCUAGCAUUUGAUUUGCAUUGGGACUAGGUGUGUUACUUUAUACUGGUGUCAGCCAUUGCUCACCCUGUUGGCAUACAUCAGCCUGGCAGAAAAAAAAAGUUGAUAUCACCAGCUGCAGUAGCAGGAAUAUUUCUGUUGUGUUGCAGUAUUUAAGUUAUAGUAAGGUAGUAAGCUCCAUGUUUGAGUCCAAUGUCUAAACCAAAAACACAUCUUCAGUGCUAAAAAAAAACCACUCAAGAGCCGAGUGAUUGUUCUAUUCUUGUUUGUAAAUGAUUUAGCGCUUUUAUACUCUGUUAUUUUUGCUUCAGUUUUAGAUUUUUGUCUUUCUAUUUUUCUGCUUCUCUAACAAUUUGUGAAUUUAAUUUACCUUAUUGUAACAUAACAUGUUUUUGGAGAGGGAGUGUUUUGUGGGCAGAGUAUCUGUGUGAUUGUACAGCAGUUCAAGAGGCUUUUUAAGCAUUGAUUUAAAAAAAAUGCAGAGGAAGGUGGAAUUAAAGGUUGUUUUGGAAGUUUGGACCAUUGGAUUUGUGCUCUGUCUGACUUUUAUAAUGUUAAAUCAUGUUUAAAGAUGGAUUUGUUUCUUUUUCCUUGAUCAGGACAUAAAUUACAACAAAAAUAAGAGGCAAUUUCAGUCAAUACAAUAAACUGAUACAGAUAUUAACUUUCUGUUGGGUUGCUGUUUUUGACAUCAGAACUAGCAUCAGCCCUGAUUCUCACAAUCAGUUCAUCCAUUAUAAGGACAUCUUAUUUUUCUUGAAUAAUGCCCUCUCAGCGUGAUUCCUACUUUUUUUUUUUAAGAGUAAUCAGUCUUUUCAGAGUCCACAGAUAUGAAUCAAUACACUUGACCCUUUUCUGUUAACAUUAUAUACAUUAUAACACUGCUUUUGUAAGCAAUGUCGUAAGAAUUCUUAAGAAUCUCUUAUCAAGAGGAGGGUUGGUGUUACUUAGGAACUGGACAUGUGUCUGCCUGCGACAGACAGCUAAGGAAUAAAGAUCUGACCCAAGCCUGUGGCCUUUUUCUGUCCUGCUUCUCUCAACUCCUCUCUAUCAAACACAGUGAUAACCCAGCUAGCAGUCUAGAAUCAAAAACAACAACAACCACAACAAAACUAGCCUAAAUCUGUUGUAUUUUAAUGACUAAGUUCUGAACUCGUUUUUGAAAGCCUGCAGUGCUUUCCGACCUAAAUAGCUGCUCUUCAUCCUCUCUCUCUCUCUCUCUCUCUCUCUCUCUCUCUCUCUCUCUCUCUCUCUCUCUCUCUCUCUCUCUCUCUCUCUCUCUCUCUCUCUCUCUCUCUCUCUCUCUCUCUCUCUCUCUCUCAUUUUGACUGUUUCCAGACCUUGCUCCCCAUGGUAAUAGUGAUGCAACCAAGAGAUAAUGAGUGUUUUGAAAGAUCAUUUGAAGCUUCUAUGUUCUCCUGUUUGCUUGCCUCUCUUUCUCUCCUGUGGGCUUUUGUUUUCUCUCCCUCACUCUCUCUCUUCUUUCUCUCUUUUUUCUUCUUCUCAUCUGUCAUGUUCUGCCUCUUUCUCACCAGUGGCUCUGCCAUGAAUGUUGCGUAUGGAGAGGAGGAGAUGAAACGUUUCUUGGAGGAGGCCACUCAGGUGUCCCAGGUGAGAUGAGUGUUAAUAAUGUGUGCCUGCUCACGUUAGAGACACAUGUUGGCCACAUAUGUUGGACUUUGGCUUUAUAUUUUAUCCACCCCCCUAAAAUAUGUCAAAUAAGCAUGUAAUAUCAGGUGAUUUCUCUUAGUCCAUUACUCACACAGCCUCUCUUCUUUGUGUAGCACUGUCCCUGUGCUUUCAAUUAACUAAUGCUACCAGCUGGCGUUGCUGAUGGCUAGUGUGAUGUGUGCAUCUCUUUUUCACUGAACCCUCAGGUGGCUCAGAGGCACCUGGCCCCUCAUAGGGCCCCUGUCUGAGGCUGGAGGAACACACACACACACACACACACACACACACACACACACACACACACGCACACAUACCAACACAUUCAGGCCUGCGGAUGUUUGUUUGACAGCUUUAAGCUGAUUUAAAAGGACUUUGUGUGAUGACCCACACAUUUAAACCGAGGAAGUCUUUUAUGUGUUUGACCCCUGGGAAAAUUGUUUUUAGGUUUUCAUUUUCUCAUCAGCUAUGGAUUCAAAAUGAAAUUAUGACGACUGAGUUUGAUGAAAGACCUGAUGAACAAAUAAGAUACACACAGUCCUAAUUUUGGUGCACCUAAUGUGUGUUAUGAAACUACUAUAAACCAUGGAAUGUUGAUAAAACUAAUAUAAUUAAUAUUUGGUGUGCUUUACUUUUUUGUAUAUGGUCUGUUGCUCUAAUUUUUUAAUCAUAUUUAGUAUUUUUUGAAAUUUAUAAAUGAUGCAACACUUGUAUCAUGUCCUUUCUAAGCCAUUUUAUGCACACGCACAGCAAGAGUUGGUUAAACUGCAUGGUCUGUUUAAGUCCACUCAUACCUGAAAACAUGUCAGUCCUUUAUCAAUAUCAUGUAGACCUAUACCUUUUAAACUUACAUUGAGAGCCAUCAGAAUUCACCACAUCAGAGAGUGUUCAACUUUUUUACCAACACAUGAUUUCACUUCCACUGUAAUAGAUUUAACAUCUGUGUUCUUGCAUUUAUCUCUAAUAUAAAUGAUCAAGUUUAUGAUAAGAAAAAGAAGCUCACACUUAAUAAUCUGUCCUCAAAGUGGGGCUGAGGAAUCACAGGGUCAAUCUAAUUUAUUAAACAUCCUUUCUCUCCCACAGGAGCAUCCUGUGGUCAUCACCAAGUUCAUCCGUGGGGCCCGGGAGGUGGAGGUGGACGCUGUGGCCAAGAGUGGCAAGGUGAGCCAUUACUGACAUGCCCUGUGUGGGUAUUUAUCACCACUGUGUUGCAGGAAAAGUGAGUGGGUUUGUUUCCAUUUGGUAGUGUAACCUCUGUCCCUGGAUGUAACACAAUGUCGCACUGUUAAACAGCAGUAAAGGCAUUAUUUGUCCCUGUUAGAAAUACAGUAACAUCUUGUUUGGCCAUAUUUCAUUUUCAGUGGUAUCAUUAUUGUUCAUCUAUCUAGCUUAGCAUAAGCGAAUGCUUCAUUGUUUUUCAGUUUAGAAGGAGAGGUGAAAGCCCAGUAGAUGAAUAAAAUGAAAGUAAUCUCAUUUAUCUUCCAUGAUAAGAUAUUAGAGCUCUGACGGAUCUGAUUUGGAGGAUGGAAUACAUAAAAAGGAAAAUGCAGAAGUUUUUUGUUUCCUCUGUGGAGAAGCUGAAAACACAUUUAGAUUAUUCUUCUUUAACAAAACUCUUUCCUUGUUUGAUUCCACAGAUUUGUCAUUUCUGAAGGUUGUCUUCUCUCUGAGUAGCUACCUUCCAUAAUAUACCGCAGACAUACUGUCAUUUCCUAAACUUGAAUCACGACACAUGAGGCUUGAUUAUACCAGAACUUGUUACACUGUUAAGAAAAUGUCACACAUUUAAACUUUUUUGACUUUCAGCAUCACUUAAGUUGCAUUUUAACAAUUUCUGAAGUGGAAUGAGAAAUAAUGCCAGUUGCUAAAUAUAAGAGAAAAGUACUUAUUUUAAAGUUGUUUUUUCCUUAUACAGAAUGUGUUUUUCUUUUUGUCACUUCCCCGACCUUCACCACCCACAGAGGGAUGUAGAUGCACAGUUUGACAUCAGAAGGUUGUUUUUAAAAUUGUCUGUGACCAAAGAAAGGAUUUUUUUUUUGCCCAACAUAACACAUAAAGAUAUAGAAAGGGGAGGCACAGAACAAGUCAAUGGUAAACCUGGCUUGGAUCGUCACUCUUGAGGUGCAGUGAAGCACACAGACCGAUGGUAUCUUAAGGUUUUACAUUUAUAGUCACUUUUCGUAGCCAGGGUUAACUUCUAAAACUUGUAAAAGUGCAGAAUUGUUAGUUCUCUAAGUCACAGCAGGUAACGGAGCCUCCUCGGUACUUGUCCUGGUCGCCCUGUCUGUUUUCCUUUUGUUUAGGCUUUAGGAGUCAUUUCAAGGGUGUCAGUUUGAACGUGGGCAACCCAGUUGUAUGGUACAUUUUCUCUGUCUGCUUUUUCUGAAUACAGCCCCUCCAUUAUCUUCAGUAUCACAUUAACAAGCUGUCCAUUCAUUGAAUACCAAACAGGCCUCAUUAUUCCUGGCCAGACUGUGUGUGUGCGUGUGUGUGAGAUAUAUGUGUGGGAGAGUGGAAAAGUCAGAGAUAAUACGUAUUAAUUACAGGCUCUAUCUGAAGAGAGCUAAUGAAUACUGUGGUUAGCAGCAGUUUAAAUGAGCUAAUGACACGGCAGCUCAUUUACAAACACACAUACACUCUUGCACAGAUUUGCAUGGUGAUAUAAAUCUCCUUUCCUGAGGGGGAAAUGUUGAAAGUUAUUCUUUUGACAUUUCAUAUCCAGAUACAGUCUUUUACACACCUUUUGUUAUUAAUAGAUUUCCAGUGAGUGUUUACCUGACUGAAUUUGUCCGUCCCUAAAGAUGCAAAGUGUGACAAUCACCGUGUGUUAUGUGCUAUUUUGCACAAUGACAUACUGUAGAUAUGGACACAUCCAGUCUGGAGGCCAUCUGCCUCUUAGUGUGGAGGAUUUUUAUCUGAGAACAGUCCAAGGCUGUAAAAGCUGACUUGCCUUGAGCUGGGAUUUUUGCUUGCUAGAGCUUUGAUGUGUAUGCUAAAAAAAAGUGUCAAAUAAUCAGUGUGUCUUUUCAGGUUCUGGUCCAUGCCAUCACAGAGCAUGUGGAGGAUGCAGGAGUACACUCGGGAGAUGCCACCCUGAUGCUGCCAACACAGACUAUUAGCCAGGGGGCGCUAGAAAAGGUCAGUCAAGUUCUAAUUGCAUAAAUAUGUGGAGUUAUAGUGUAUAUAAAUAACACAGUGUUUUUUAUAUGUCAUUGGAAACAAGCCGCCGAUGUACCACGUGCAGAUCAGACCAAAUGAAGCGCAUUGUUGUCCAUUUUAGCAAAAAAGGAGGUUUUGUCAGAAAUCAUCCAGACAGGCUCAUUCAUAUUGUAUGUGUGUGUUCUUUCUCUUUCGCUCGCAGGUUAAGAUUGCCACCCGGAAAAUUGCGCAAGCAUUUGAAAUUUCAGGGCCUUUUAACACUCAGUUCCUGGUUAAAGGCAAUGAUGUCAUGGUAGGUAAUACUUCUCAACUUCUGUCUAAAUAAUAGAUCAACAUUUUUAUGACUGACUGCAUUGAAGGCAAUUCAAUCACGAAAUGAAACCUCUUUGUGCUCAUGAGUUCUGGCAAAGCUGAAUGGAUUUUGAGAUCAAUGUUGCCCUCAGUUUUGUAGUUUUUGUCACAGUUAACAGACAGGAAUGUGAACCCUCUGUGUUUGUUCAUUGGUCAUAAACUUGUCUGUUUUUGGUGAUUAGUCUUUAUGAACGGGGGUGUGUUGGCUCUUCUGUGAUGGCAGUGUUGGUGUUGUUCAUCCUUUUUAGGUGAUCGAGUGCAACCUGCGGGCAUCCCGCUCCUUCCCAUUUGUGUCAAAAACAAUCGGGGUGGACUUUAUCAACGUGGCGACCAAAGUGAUGGUGGGGGAGCCUAUGGAUGAGGCCAGCCUGCCCUCGCUGGAGAAACCCAUCAUUCCUGUAGACUUUGUUGGCAUCAAGGUGAGACUAUAAACUGAAAUAACUGUUUCAAGCUGGGACUGCAUGACUGACUCUCCGCAACCUUUUUUUCAUUUUAUUUACAGUUCAGUUUUAUUGAGUAGGAAAAUAAUUGUAUAUGAAACUAUACAGGAAUUGAACACAUUCAUGCUGAGGCUGAUAUACAAAGUCUCACAAUACAGUCAAAAACGCCUCAGAUAAUCUGAAUACUGUGGCUUUUUCACUGAAAACAAUUUGAUAUCUGGCAUUUUUUUUAAAUAUCAAAAAGGUUUUAGAAAUCUAAAUCAACUUUAAUUUUCUUUUUACUCCAUCUUUUUUUUUUGCUAUUCAGCACAAGAGGGUCAUUUUAUUUGAUCAUUUUUGUUUUGUUUUGUUCUGCCACAAAAAGAAAAUAAGUGAAAAACUGAGGUUAUUCAGACCUUAGAUUUCUCUAUAAUGGCUCACUGGGACACUGUGAUGCUGGUUAGAGAAAGAGCAUCUUAAAAAUGUAUCACCUGUACCAAUGUCUAUUUUUUAUUCAAAGCUUCUUCCUCAGACUCAGACAUCUAACAAUACUGUCGAAUGAAAGUUGUUAUAAAUCUGAUACUGUCAUGCAUCCCCCAAUGCCAAGACUGGUGUGAAAGAAGAGUAACCUUUAUGACCUGAUGCAUUGACCCGUGUGUUCAGCCAGCAGACUAACUUAUAAAACAGUCACCAAAAAGCAAACAGGUUGUCAAAACAUUGAGAACACACAUAAGGUGCUCCUCUUGACCCAAACUGAAGGGUCUGAUUUAGAUAUUUUGACAAUGCUUGGUUGAUGGAGGUAAAGGCAGUGUAAAUGUUAGAAAUUUAACAUAGCAUUAAACUGAUAUGAAUUCCUUUAGGGGAACCUUCUUUGUGGUGGCUUUUGUGUUGUUUGCUAGCUCCUCAAGGUUUAGUUUUUGUACAAAGCCUAAAAAUAGAAAUAGUUUGGAAACUAAAAAGAGCUGGACUUAAGCCACGCUUCUUAACCCUCACAUACUGUUAGGGUCAAAUUUGACCCAUUUUGACUUUUAACAGCAGUAAAAAUACCCUAAACAUCAUUUUUUUAAGCCUGAAACUUGAUGACUUUUCCUGAAGUUGCCCAAAAUACAUGAAAUUAAUUUAAAACUAUUCAUGUGUAUUUUUGUUUAUGUGCUACAAAUUUUUCCCCUCUAAGGCUGUUACAGGUCAAAUUUGACCCGUAUCUAUAUUUAGAUGGAUUUUAGAUCUACUAGUGUGGGACAAGUGACAAACAGUAACAACAGUGUUCAAUAUAACUAGUCAAGAGAACUUUCUGUGACAGAAAGCUGCUCUUUGAACUCUUUGAAGGGGCAAUUUUGACCCGGAACAUACUGUGAGGGUACAGGAUUUGAACAAUAUGUGAGGGUUAAAGUACCACUGCGAUCUUUUAGGCAAAAUCACAUUAUCUGUGUCAUUUUGAAGGGCUUUUCUUCUGCAGAGCUCCAGUAGAUCAUUAGCAAUUCACCUCUGAGUCAUGGGCGGGGAUAGUGCUGCUCUGCACACUCAUCUUCACACAAGCUUGUAGCCUAACAUUGCCGGUAUAGUAGAAGUAGCAGGUAACAUUUUUCUUCCACUGAACACUAAUGUUCUGAACUCUGGAUAAAACCUUAUAUUAUGUGAUAUCAGUUUUUUAAUACAUGUUGAAAUACUUUGACUCUAAAGGCAUUUAACUUUAGUCUCAAAGCAUCUUUUCCCUAAACUCCCUGCCCAGAAGAUAGUGAACCCCACAUGGAAACAUUUCUCGAACUUCAUUGGUCCAACCUUGCAAAGUCUUCUACUUGUUUUUUUUUUUUACUUCUGUGGACAAGUAUUGAAUCAUAGAAUUACCUCUGAACAGGAUGGCACUCUAGUUAAUGGUUUUGUUUGUGAGUUGAGAUUAUUUUCUCUCUGGCCUUUCAGAGAAAAUUUUGAUCAAAAAGUGUUUCCUUAAUUAAACAUGAUAUACAUGGGGUUUUAGAAAUGGUUUCAACUCAGUCCUUUCUAUGUAAGACUCAAACUGAAGAGAAGACAACCAGCAUUCAGAGAUUCAAACACAGUUGUGAGAUUAAUACAGCUGGUAGUUUUUACUUUGUAAGUGAAUUUUAUCAGGUCCUGAUUACCAUGUCUCUGAACUACUUACAGCUUUGUGCGUUGGUUAAUCCUGCAAAAUAAUUCCUAUGUUUGCAGCUCGACAUGUAUGAUAUGUUAAUAGGUACUGCAGUUUUUUUUACUGCUUCCAUUGGAUGGCAUAAUAAAGACAGCAAUUACUGUUCUAUCCCCCUACCUAAGGAGAGGGGGAGUGGUUGCUUUCUCAUACCGGCUGAGAGGCUUACUUCUUAGAUUGGUUAGGAGAGAGUUUCCGUGUCACCAGCUGUUCCAAAGCUAUUUUUCCAAAGUAAUUUCUCCGUCUAAUUACAACAGAGCUGCUGUAACAAUGGCUGUAGUUUGGAGCCAAUCACGCAGGUAUAAUCCCCACACUCUUCCCCACCACCUAAAGUUUUCAAUUUCUAGUCUGCGCAGUGGAGAGGAAUAUUAAUCAGAGCUCUGAAUACUCCCGGCACCAGGCUUAAAAGACUUUCAGAGUUUACUUGGAGUCUAUGAUACAGACAUCAUACUCUUUAACGAAUGCGGGCCUUGACAGAAAUCCAGCCACAGUACACAACAAUUGUCUUCAUUUUCUUUCUUCCUACUUGACACAGUUUUGUUACUGAGACAUCAAACCCCUUCUACAAACAUGCUGGUUGUCCAAAACCAUUCUGCAGCCUGAGCUGGAAGUGGAUGAUAUCAAAUGCACCAUUUACAGUCUUCAGUCUUAUUGUUCUUGACGUAUCAUCAUCAGGCACAACUCAGUGCCAUCUAGAGAGACCAUCUCCAUUUAUCUGUCUCGUUCCUCUCCAAAAACACUCUGUUGCCCUCCGCCUCUUUUCUUCGUCUGACAGUCCCCUCGUUCGAGGCCAUGUUUUCUUUUCUCUAACAAGUCCCCUUUGUGUAAUUUCUGUCUUUUUAUACAAACUCACAGGAACAAUAACGCAGUUAUAUUUAUGACACUGAAAGAAGGAAGAGCAAGAAAACAACAUUUAAGGGGGAGGAAGUGGAUUUGGUUGUUUGCUGUCAGUCCCCAGUGCACAGUUAAGGGCUGAAGAAAAAUUCCCAUCAGUUGAAUGUUUUGUCCCCCCUGCCCAUAGCUGGAAACACAUCACAGUGACUUUGCAGGUACCGUUCCCUCUUGUACCCAAUGACUAAACUACAAUAUGAAAUAAAAGAUGCUGGACCUGGCCUCUUGUAACAUCUUUCUUCUAAACAAGGUUAAUCAAAAUCAUUUGAUAAAUAACUUAAUUCAACCUGUAGUGCGUCAUUGCGUUAACAAAGGCUUUCAAUCAUUUCUUGACAUCCUUAAAAGUUUAGAGAAAUCCUAGAAUAAAGAUAAACUUUGAAUGAUUUUCAGUAAGUUAUUGCUCAUAUUGAGGUUUCAUUUGUCUUUGCCAACUUUGCCUUUGAUUUCACAUAUUAUAAACCAAGAAAAUCCUACUUAUCCAAUCCGCUAACAUAGACCCUUGUUCCUCGAUCGUCCUCUGUAUUUCUCAGAGCCAGGCCUGCAUUGCGGGGCUUCAGGGGUGGAGCUUGGAUUGCAUACGUAGGAAAUCUCACUGAAUCUGAUCCUGCAGUUUGGGUCUGCCAGAAAUUCACAGUGAUUUGAAUGCAGAAAUACUCAGAAAUGCAAUUUAGCACUUACUUUUUUCACGAUAUGUCAUCUAGUAUCAGAAAAAUGCCAUAUGGACAUAUAGACAGCAAGAAAAACAUGAUUUUGAUUGGAGUGGGUCUUCAGAGUAGCCAGCUCCAAUUCUCUACAUUUUGGCAACUGCCUCCAACAUGAGCCAAAUAUCUGGUCUAGCACGUGCUAUGUGGCAACCUAUGGUGUUAAAUUUGAAUCCAGUGUGGAAGUAAAAAAAACCAAAAAAAACCCUGCCGUUUCUUGAGUGCCCAUUAGAGGCUGGCUGCAUAAGCUAAGAAAUCCUCAAUGAUAGCAUGCUAAGAUAAACAUGUUUACAUCUGUUUUCUUGUAGUUCAUUCAUUUAUUAAUUCAUAACACAUCCGCCUUGAUAUCAUUGAGGCUGAAGAACAGUAAAUUAAUAGCAUUUGGUUAGCACAACUAAGCUGGUGUACAGAUGGAUGCAGCUGUAGCUGUUUUCCACCUUUGUCCGUUUCUUGUCCAAUCAAAAUAUUAGGUUAAAGAAAAGACACCUGCUCUUAUUGAGCUUCAAAGAAAAUCCUUAGAUACAAGGAAGUGACAUCAAUGGUCAUAUUUUAUACAGUUUGUGGUAAUUACAUCCUCAAAUUUACAUUAUGUCUUUUGGUUGUAUAAAAAAAGUAAAUAUAUUCUUAAGAUUGACAUUGUAAAUGCUUAUUAAAUUCUGGAGAAAGUCAUAUGGAAAUUCGCCCUGCAACACCACAAAUACUAACUUCUCAAUACCCAAAUUUCAGGUGGGUUUCCAGAAUACCUCUGGUCAAAUGUCAAAAUUUAUAUGCAUUCUCAUCCAUGAUAGAUCAGUGGAAGAGUGUGCAUUGAAAAAAAAAAAUGUUUACAUGCAAAUGCUGCAGCUAAUUUCCCCUCAGCUGCGCACAAAAAUUACAUUUACACAGGUGCCACUUCUGCCUACAACAAGAACGUCUCUGAGCGACAAUGUAAUGUGGAAAUGUCUCACUUAUUCAUUUCUUUCUCCACUGGAGCUCAGCUGGUGCCCCAAGAUAACAUUGUUCAUGUUGUGUUGUGGAGUUUCACAGCUCCACUGUCUCUGAGUGGGCGGUUGGAGUGGGAUAGGGACAUGGGGAAGAAGUGCUUGUGUGCCUUGGUGGGAUGUUGUGGUUACACUGCCUUGGUUAUCGUGACAGUCACAUACACUCUGUCCUAGAGACGCACCGUAACAAUCGGAGGAUGAAGCGUUGAAGUUUAGACUGGGAGGGUUUAUGACUCUGUUCAGGCUGACUUGUUCACAGUUUCACAUUUUCAGGUCAUUGAAAUCCUUUCAGGUGUUAUUGAUAGCUCUAACUUCUUCUAAUUGCUUUUGUUUGUGGUUAUAUUUUACCUUCUCGCCUCAUAGUUUUAAAUGGUUUUGGAUGAAAUGUGGUUUUCCAGUAGGUGUGAUGGCUAAAAUGAGGUUUCCCUCUGGUUCUCAUUCUCUGUAUUUCACAAAUCCUUCUUUUUUAAUGCUAGUUUCUUGUCUCUUGUUGCAAUAUUUAAACUUCACCUCUCCCUGUUAUUCCCUCCCUGUAUAUGUUCUUCUCACACUCUUUCACUUUCUUUCUUGGUUACAUUCUGCAGUUUUAUCUCUGCACACUCCUCCGUCUUUCUCCGACUCUUUGAACAAAGCCAUGAUAAGCGAUGCGGGCUCUCUGUCUGCAUUCCCCUCUCUGCGUCCCUUCUUACAUUAGUAUGCAAACAUUACUUUCAGCUGAUUAGAUAGCCCACUUCAAGGAUGAAUCCCCCCCUAGUGGCCCUUGCCUCUGCAUGUGCGUGUGUGCGCACACAUGAACCACACAAUGCCACACCAUUUCUCUCUCUCUCUCCCUCUCUCUCUCUCUCUUCAAGGUAAUGGUGGUUGUCUGCUUUUAAAUGGUGAAUAAGAAUGGCCUCCCACAUGGCGCCCUGCUAUUCAUAAUUUGUCUCUAAUACAAUAAUGAGGAGCUACUGUCUGUUCCCUUCACUUUCCUGUCAUUCAUUUUCUCCCACUUUCAAAUUUAUGAUGUUAUCUUUCAUUUCUUUCCACUUCUAUCUCUUCCUCUUUGGCCUUUUGUCAUUUGCUUUAAUUGUUUACUUUAUUUCUGUAUUUAUUAUUUUUUUUUGUGUUGAUUGAUUCUUACUACGCCUUCUGUUAUUCUGUCUUUUCUUCUCUUGAGCCCUCCUGUUCCCCCUAACUUGCAUUUAUUAAUUCCUCCUACUCUUUAAUUUCCCUCCUUUCUGUCCUCUCUGUUUCUUUAUCUUCUUUCACCGCCUCUCUUCUCCUUCACGCUCCCUCUGCUCCUCUGACUCGCCUUGCUGUUGCCUUAUCAGACAGGCCACCUACCUCCUUCACCCCUUCCUCAGGUUCUUUAAAGCUAGAAACAGAUGCCUGCAGUUUUUCGAGGCCCCGUUUCUUUUCAGUCUGUCAUUGGCAUCUCUAAUCUCUUUGACUUUCUCUUUGUUGCGUCCCCCUCUUUCCUCCUCUCGAUGUCGCCCGAAAGUUUCAUGUGUGGUAGAAAUGUGAUUUCCAUAAGACAAAAUGACUUCAGCAGAGGUAAUGGUAAAACACUUUUUUCUGCGCAUUAAACUGACAUUAUUUAACCCUUUUUUUAAUCUUGUAGUGCAACUUCCUCAAGCUUGGAUCCCUUGUUUGAAAGGAAAAACGGCCUUUGUUUCACCUCUAGAUGGCAGCAGUGUCAUGAAAUCCCUGGAAUGCCAAAGCACUGAUGUUAUUUUUGUGGGGAAUUAUUCUCCAUUGAUUGCCAUUUUCUUUUGGAGUGUUUAUAAGUUUCAGUUUGUCUUGUGUUGUUGUUAAACUGUGUUGUUUUCCAUGGUCAAUCAACUGGCAUUUGGAUUGAAACUGCCUCUUUUUUGGUAAACUGCUUAGACUGAUGGUGAUGUCUCUUUGCUUCAAAACAAGUCGGACUAAAUCUCUCUCUCUCUCUCUCUCUCUCCUACCUCUUUUCAACAGGCUCCAAUGUUCUCCUGGCCCCGGCUGAGGGAUGCAGACCCUGUGCUCCGCUGUGAGAUGGCCUCCACCGGAGAAGUAAGCCUCUCUCUGAAACACACCAACCCACUUUUUGUGUUGAUUUUUCCACACCAUCUCAUUUGCAGAGCCAGUGUCUAGAGUUGUGUAUCUGUUUGUUUGUUCUUGCAGGUAGCUUGUUUUGGACCAAACAUUUAUUCAGCCUUCCUCAAGGCUAUGCUCUCCACAGGCUUCAAGCUCCCACAGAAGGGCAUACUGAUUGGGAUUCAGGUAAGACUACAGCCAUCUGGAAGUCCACUUGUCUCCUGUUUUGUGUUGCCUUUUGCUUCCUGCCCACAAGAGGCUGAGUGCGAGGUGCCUUCUGAACAGGUGGCUCAAAUCUUCCAGGCUAUCAGCUUCUUACUAUACCAGCCUGUCACUCCUCAGUUUGUUUCACACCAAAUCACAUCUUGAUUCAUGGGAGUCUGAUGAUGCUCCUGUGAUUUAAAAAAAAAACAUGCUCUCUUGUGAUAGUAUUUGGAUGGCCCAGAGGGGUAGAAAUGCCCUGAGAUGAGUGUAAAAGUGAAGUAAAGGGGAUGCUGUUAUACCCGAAUAAAUAGUGAACUGAUUUGAAGCUCAGUCAACAACAAUCCAAACAACUAUUAAUCCUGCAGUACAAAAAAAAAAUCCUCACAAACAUAAAAAUGUGUUCAAUCCUUCAUCAGUCAAAAGAAGUCUUCAAUCCUCAUUGCAGCAUGAACUUGCAGCAAAAUAGAAAAGAAGAAAAUGUAAGCCUAAGCACCGCUCUGCUUAAUGACACCACAUUACAUGAUUUUUGUAAUUAAGCUUUGCUGCCACCCCAGGUUGCCAAACUGCGAGCUUGACUAAUGCAGCUUAAACAAAGCACUCACAACAGCAGCUGUAUAAUUGGUACUCUUGGGGAACAGGUCCACUUCAAGGCAAGUACCUGGGGUCACAUGUGUACUGUAACGUGGCUGAGGAGCAGCAAGUCUUUAGGCUGACGGAUCAGGAACACACAGCCACACAGAUGUGUUUUACCUCCAACAGUUUAGAGAAAUAUUGUGGUGGAAGGAUUAAAGGAGCCUUUAUGUGCAAACUGUAAUUCCAGUGAAGCUGGGACGCUGUGUAAAAUGAGAAUAAAUAAAAAACAAUGAUUUACAAAUCCUUUUCCACCUAAAUUCAAUUGAAUACACUACAAAUACAAGAUCUUCAAUGUUCAAACUCAUGAACUUGAUUGUUUUUAUCGUAAAUAUUCACUGAUUUUGAAUUUGAUGCUGUAAUAGGUUCCUCAAAAGCUGGUUCAGGGUCAACUAAAAGUCUGGGGUAAUUCAGGACUGCUCCAAAAACACCUUUUAGGAUCAUUCCACACGUGAACAGGUCUUUUUCAGGAAAAUGCGUGAUUAUUUCUGCAAGACAAAGCCAAGACACACUGGCCCUCAUUUACCAAGCUUACACAGAUCUGAGCGCAGAUCUGAGUGCAGGAUUCAUCCUACGAUAGGACACACGUGAGAUUAUGAAAGGGUUCGUAUCUGACCAAUCCCAGCGUACGAAUGAUCGGGUCUUGAUAAAUGCGGCAGCUGAAAUUGAUCGUCAUUAAUAAGUUACGGCCUUAAAUAUUCGUGGUUCAGAAGCCUCGCCCACUGAGGUCAAACAUGAAAGAGGAGAAAUAUUAGAAAUAUUCAAAACUUUUUCAAGCUGAAAGUGGAUAUCCUCACAUCUGUGGUGUAAACUAACAAGGAUUUGGUCUUUGGAAGCAUCAAAACUGGUAUAAAAGCAGUCCAGAAAACUCCUGUCUGGAGCAGGAUUAUGGUGGCGGUGAACAGCGCUGCCGCAGAAUAGCGGACAGUGGCUGAAGUUUGAAUAAAUCAUUAGUCAAUAAAUUGCUCAUGAUGAUACAUCAAUAUCUCAUACAUGCCUCAUAUGUUUUAUUGCCAUGACAUAGGGUGUUGCUCCUAUUAUUGAAAGUAUUUAAUUUUAAUUUGUUGCGUCUUUGUAAUGUAGAGCAGACUGGAGAGUCUGACAGAGGCUGAACAAAAUAAUUAUUAACGUCACCAAACGGUGUGUUGCUGCCCCUGAGGCACAUUUUUAUUGGAUUUCUAUUGGAUUUUUAUCACUGAUUAAAUAGCAAGAGCACUUUCUAAACUUAUACUUUACAUGUCAGAAUCCAUGGAUAAGGUCCUGUCUCCUCUGUACAGCACCUUUUGCGGAGUCUCUCCUCGUUAUUGUUCUCUGGGCAUCGGGUCCUCACGUUGCACCAGCACAGCCAAUGGCACUCCAUUCACCAGUGCAACAUUGUUCAAAACUGUACUGGCCCAAAUGAUGUCCCACACCCUUUCAGGAGUGUACAACAACGUCCCUGCUGCUAGGCCAAGACAGAGACACCCGCCUUUUAGGAGUAAAACGCAGCGCUUUCAUCUUUAAUGAGAUUUAGCUGAUUGUGCUUAAUGACAGGUUUCAGGUUUGUAUAUCAAUUAUUUUUAAAACAGACAUUUGCUGCACCGCAGAUCCACACUGACUCAAACAUGAUGUCAGACCUGUCGUGAGAUUUGGUUGUAGCGUACGCUCACGUGCAGAUUGAUAAAUGCCGAUCCUCACGUCAAAAUUGUCGUGCGCAAGGUGUAAGCAAGUUUUCUGCCGUACGCAAGCUUGAUAAAUGAGGGCCAUUCUGUAUGAGGUACAAUGUGGCUUCAGAGUCAAAGAGUCAAGGUACCAGUCUGGUUUGCCUGCAGUCCAGACCUGUCUCCCAUUGAAAAUGUUGAGUUGAAAACAGAGACCCCGGACUGUAGAUCUGCUGAAGUGGUCCAUCAAAUAAGAAUGUGAAAGAAUUCACCUCCAAAGCUUCAACAGUCAGUGUCCUCAGUUCACAAAGUGUUGUCUGAGUGUUGUCAAAGAGAGAGAGAGAAACAUGGCCCUGAACCAGGUUUUUAGGAAGGAGUUACAGACAUCAAACUCAGUAUGAGUUGAUAUUUACAGAAAAACAAUCAAGUUUAUCAAUUUGAACAUUAAAUAUUUUUAAAGUGGAUUCAGUUUAAGUCUGCUUUGUACUUGACUGCUAAGGGGUGUGUUGUUUUCAGUACUGCUGUAUUCUUAAAUAACUGAUGCAUCACCACCCGUGCUGCUGUGUAUGUGUGGUGCACAGCCUCGGAUAUGAAAACUUUUGAAGCAUCUCUGAGCCGGACUCCUACCAUGUCUUUAACUGCUUAAACAACCACCAGCUGAUUAAAGGGCCAGUCAAAGCUGGGUUAAUUUUUCUGGACUCUCUGUCAGGUUAAGAGUCUGAGGUUGUCAUAGUCUGUGCAAUGGGAACCAGAGCAGGACUUUCAUUCCAUACUUCUGGAAAAAAGGUUGAUUUUUUUUUAUUUUUAUUUUUUUUUGUCUUAAGCAUUUACGAAGAUGAAAACACCCAGAGAACCUCAGGGGAUAAUUUUGUAAUGGUGCAAUAAUGCACGCUAUAGACUGUAGAUACACGUAUUCCCCUUCAUUCGUUUCUUCCAAAAGGCAGAAGGUUUUAUGAAGAACUAUAUCAAACUAUAUGAUAUAAGCGUGACAACAUGAAGCUCCAGUAUUGUCAGUUGUACCCAACUGUGCCCCCCCUACCCUGAAACUAGCAAUUACACACUUUUCUCUCCACCAUCCUUGCUCCCAAUCUCACUGUUUGCCAUUGUCAUUUUUUUAAUGGCAGCUCAUUUUUGUGUAGCUGUAUGUCCAAAUUGCAGACUAAAUAAAAAGCCUGUAUGUACUAUAACUCUCAUUACGGUUGAAUGCAGCAUGCACAGAGAAUAUCAACCCAUAUCAUAGUGGUUUAGUCAGACAGCAGUAAUUUUAGCAAGCAUAUUGUUUACUAGGCUGAAGGGCACGCAGUCUGAGCACAGUCAGCUGCAAAUUAGUGGCAAAACCUCACAAAGGAGUUUUCAGAAUUUUCACUGUUUGUGAAGCCCAUUAAGUGGGUCAUUUGAGGCUGAUGUCUAACAACUUAAAUGCUUUUUGUAUUCAUCCCUUGCAUCCUGUGAACAAAUAUGGUAAUGUUUAAAAGUCUCAAGAUGUGGGCCCCAUUAUGAAUACAAAUCCAAAAGUGGAGGUUUACCUCGGCCUCACGGUUCUUUUCUUGCUUUAAAAUUUUUCUGUAGAUCCUUGUUUCAGUAACACAUGCUUAAUUUUACUUCUAACAGUAAAAAGAAGACUGCGUUAAAUGUAUCUGUACAAGUAGGCACUCAAAGGGCUUCAAAACAUGCAGAACAAAAAUAUAAUUUUCUUUUUUGAACACUUCACUGUGCCUAUCAACUUAUAGUGUGUCCUUUUUGUCAUCUCUCACCUAUUGAUUACUGAAAAAAAAAAAAUUUAAAGAAACAAAACAGAAACAAUUGAAGCCGAUUUGUCAAGCAGAGUAUAUGCAACUUUAUUAUACUGCAACCAUAGAUGGUAUAUAGAAUUGACGCUGUCUGCUGGGUGUAGCAACUGCAAGAACAGCACCCUCUGGUGACGGGCUGCCGUAUAGGUCAUAAAUCCCGCCUCCUCCAGCAAUCCCUAUGGAGCUGUGGACAAACUUUAGAAAUAAAUUACACAGAAUAUAAAAUUUUCUCCCCCCCUGGUUGUGAUGUUGACAUGUAGUAACUGUAAGACUGGUUUGUGCUUAAAGGUCCUUACACACCGGGGCCAACUUAAAUAUAGAAUGAGAAAUUGUGAAAUAUUUGGAGGAGAAUUUUGACAUGCCUGACUAUAUACAUCAAGCCCAGUGCGAUUUUGUGACUUUCCGGGGGAAAAAGCUGCAUCCCGGGUGGAAGCGAGAAGACUGACACAACAGCAGGCUGAGUGUUUUUCAGUUCUGAUUAGACACUAAUGUUGAGAUGGCUGUCUGUCAUGAUGGCAUGUACUGAGUCAGGGCCAGUACCCAAUAAGCACAUUAAACUAUACUACAUAAACACAAGGUAACAACCUAAUGGUGCUGUGACAGCAACGCGAUUGAGUUUGAGACAGUGAAAAUACAUAUGGUAUGUUGUAUCUGAACAGGUUAGCUUACGAAUAAAGUUACUUAGCAUAGAUUAAAGUUAAAACAAAGACGUCUAGCAAACUGUUAAAGCACACAAACUAUUGUCAUAUGAGAGAUCCGACGCUAUGACUCUCCACAAGUUGUCCUUAAGGUCAUUAACUUUGUAAUGUUUGUGUCUUUUAUCAAAAAGAACUCUGUUCUCUGACACAUAAACAAUCAGCCGGUCGGCCAUGUUGGAUAUGCCGGUCAAUCUGACAUCGCAACAACACGCAUCCGAUUGGUCAGAAGUGGACACACAGUAUGUGAAACUUUAGAAAAAUCGACCAUGAUCCGCAAUAUCGCAGGACAGGAAAACAUGGCUGAUGUGAACGCUUGUAUUGACAGGAUAUGGGUUCGAUCAAAAAUAUUGAUGUCCAAAAUAAUUUCCCGACAAAAAUGGUCCCGAUGUGAAAGGACCUUAAGUCCUCUUUUUUUCUGUGCAGUUCUAUUUUUAAAAGUUAUUAGGGGGUUCAUGUUUUCUAUGAUUGACACUUGAUACGCUGGUUGAGCCAAGUGUCAUCAGAGCGACUCUCAGCGACUCCCGCCAAAUGCGUACAAUGCUACUGUGCAAGUGGUGGUUCCAGGAAGUGAAGAAAAUCCCUGAAAUACUGAGAGCAAUUUGGCUUCAAAUUUGUGUAGUGACAGAAGGCGGUGCCAAGUUGUCCAUAGUAUAUACAGUCUAUGAGCACCACAUUGUGGUCAGUAUGUCAGUAUGAGUAAACCUGGCAACAAAAACAGAGAAUUUAAAGAAAAUUUCCAUUUUGUUCCUCUGGUUUUUAAUUAAUCCUCUGAAAAUAGAGAAAAAAAAGAAUAAAUAGUAAAAUUGUAUUUUAAGAGUUAGGCAAAUUACCUGAUUUAAAUGAUCUUUUUAAUUUCCUUGAGGAACCUUCCUUGUAUCUAAUCUAAUCUAAUUUGAUCUAACCUUGUCUGCAGAGGUGUGUUGCCUGGCUUCUGUGCUAGGCGAGUUUCUUCAGUUAGGAUCUGAACUAACUGGCGACCCUUGUGGGAAAAACAUUAAUUUACCUUGGACAAGUCCAGUAAAACAGGAACAAUUUCACUUCCUCCAGAAAAAUCCUACAUUCUCUUGAACCUUACUAGGACUCUUCAUCAAAUCAUAAACUUUAAGUAGACUUUGACAGUUUUGAAACAGUGGUACGAAGCAUGGAGAGGAAUUCAAAAGCAACAUAGAACUGAAAAAGAUGUUUUAUGUGUCUCACCUGAAGAAAAAGUGCCUAACAAGAGAACUGAUGUGACAUAAACCCCACAGUUUUAUAGGACUGUGUUCACAGUGUGAAGCCCAUGACAUUACUGGAAAAGUUUGACAAAGAACAAUGUCUUUGUAGAUAGUUUAUUUAUUUCCUUCAAAACAAUGAAAACCAAAAUGUAAAAGUUGACUAAAGGUUGUGUUAUAUGCGUUUUUUUUUUCUGUGGUAAAUGUGGUGAAUUUGUCUAUUCGUUUAUAUUCCACAUGGGGGACCAAAGCAGUAUUUAAAGACACCGGUGUAUUCAGUCAAAGGAAAAAGACCAAAACAGGGGCUAACAGUGCUGAUCUACACAAUACAGCCAGAGCUCAGCUAAAGACACAAGUCUUUGAAGUUCCUGGUUAGCUUCGAAAUUAUUCUGCCCAAGUCCUAACAAACAAUCGCACCAGACGUGUGUGGUGUGGAGGGACUCUCCUACAGUAUUGGCAGACUGUGACCAAAAAAUAGGUGGGAGAAUAAUCCCAGAAGAGAAAACAUUAAGUCUAAAACUAAACUACCUUUUCUCUACCUUAGGACUAUUAGGUGACAUGAUUAAUCAGAUAUGUUGACAGCCAGCGCUUUUAUUAGUUACUUACAUUACAUUUCAUGUCACACAAUCUCAUACCGCAUGAUUUUGUUGAAUUUAGUUAAACACAAAAAAAUAAGAGUCUCAUGUAUUAUCUGAAGUCUCUGUCUACUGUCCCGCAGGUGUUGUCCAUAACCCACCGGCUGAGCCUGUCAUAGUUGUACAGUUUCACUAUUAAUUUGGAAGAAAGGACAAGAGAUAAAGGUCCUGAAAAACAAAAAAGAAAUUAGAGAUGAAUCACAGGACACUGAACAUGUUUUUGUUUUUGAUGUUCAGUUUUAGAGGCAGCGGGUAAACAUGGCUUUUCCCUGAAUAAACAGUUUAUAACAGCUUUUCUUUGAAUAUAUGACGGUGAAGAGACUCAACUUUGUAAGGUAUUACAGUAUCAAAAGUUCAUAAUGUCGUUAAGAGGAUUUCUGCACACCUAGGUUAUUGUUCACUUUUUAAAUCACUUUAAAUCACUGUGUGGGUUCCCUUUUCUCUACUAUGAAUACAUAAUGUCACUUCAUCUAUGGAUACUUACAUGUAACAGCAUGCUAACUUGUGUUUUCCCUCCUCCCCUCUAAUCUAGCACUCAUUCCGACCCAAUUUCUUGGCUACAGCCCACCAGCUAAAGGAGGAGGGAUUCAAGGUGAGGAUGAAAGUUUGUACUUUCAAACACUACAGGAAAGACAUGUCAUUAAAAACAAGAGGUUUUCCUUUGAGACUUUCAACACUUGUUGAUCGAGCUUUCUGUUCUGUUUUUUUUUUUUUUCCUGCUUUUGCACCAAUUAGUAUAACUGAAAAUGACUCAUCUCAGUCCACUUACUAACUCUUAUGACACUCUCUCUAUGUUGGAUUGAUUCAGCUCUAUGCUACUGAAGCCACAUCCGCCUGGCUGUGCGCCAAUGAUGUCCCCGCCUCUCCAGUGGCUUGGCCCUCUCAGAAAGGAGAAGACAUCAGUUUGCCCAGUAUCAAGAGGUUUGAUCUUUGUCUUAUCCUUUCGACUCAUUCAUGAAACAAAGCCAGUCAGUGUGAGACCGUGAGCCAAAACUCUGAGGUCGAAGACUUGCUUUUAAUUUCCUGAGGCUAAGCUUAGACAUAAAUUGUAAUUCAUGAGAUUCCAAAUUGGGAUAUCUAAUAUAAUAUCUAAUCAGAUACUGCAUGAAGAUCCAAGGGCAGAGCUCCUUCAUUAUCUCUCUAAUGUGCUGACAAGAUCAAAAGGGAUGCAGCAAACUAAAAGGUUACAGCCAGUGCCUUAGCCAGAACUGGUGGGAUGAAGACAGUCUUCUGUGGGUGAAUGCCAGUCUAAGUUUGAUAAAUCCAUGAAGAUAGAAGAUGAAGCAUCUUUUCUUGUGGUCCGAAACAAAGCAGAACGACAUUGAGAUGUCUGGAAUCAUCAUGCUUGUUGUUUGCCCUUCUUGCAGUUGCUGUUAAAAACAAAGCCAAGCUUCAUGCCUUAAAGGGAUAUUCAGGUGUAAAAUUAAUUUAGGGUCAAACACACCAUAACACCGAGUUAGACACCCCCUCGAGAGAUGAAUGCUUCUUCUCUAGUUAUACCAACUUUAGUAACGACCGCAGGAUAGCAAUACACAGGGGUCUAUGGAACCACACACAAAUCUCAACCAAAACGCCACUCUUUAGCCACAAUUAAUGCUCAGAACAUCACCUAACUUCAUAAACAGUACAUAUAGGGUCACAGCCAUAUUACUAGCCACCAAACAUCUUUUUAACUUUGCCUGGUUUCCUAAGGAAAGAGACUAAACACAACUCACCUACUCUCUUUCAGCAGCCACUUGUUUGGAGCGAGACCUCAGGCCAGUCAAUUACUGACUGCAGUGGGGUGACACAGCAAAGAAGAACAUUUAUGAUCAUUACUUUAUCAUUUCCUUGAAGUAAUAAUCACCAUAUAAAUCAUUUUGCACUGCAAAUAUGGUAGUUGAGAGAUGAAAUGAUCAUAAGUAAUUUAUCAUAAAUGUUCCUCCUUGAGUUGCGUCACCCCGCUGUAGUCUGUAAUGGACUGGCCCGAGGUCUCGCUACAAACAAGCGGCUGCUGAAAGAGAGUAGGUGAGUUGUGUUUAUUCUCUUUGCUAAAGAAAUCAGGCAAAGCUAAAAAGAUGCUUGAUGGCCAGUACUACAGCUGGGACCAUAUAUGUACUGUUAAUGAAGUUAGGUGCUGUUCUGAGCAUUAUUUGUGGCUAUAGAGUGGCGUUUUGGUUGAGGUUUGUGUGUGGUUCCAUAGACUGCUAUGUAGUGCUAUCAUGCGGUCGUGACUUAAGUUGGUACAACUGGUGAAGCAAGCGGUCAGCAAAAUUCAUCUCUUGAGGGGGUUUCUAACUUGGUGUUACAGUGUGUUUGACCCUAAAUUAAUUUUACGCCAGAAUAUCCCUUUACGUACUGCUUCAGUCAAAGACUUCAGUUGUCAAAUGCACAACCUUUUUCUGACAUCAUAGGAACAUAGAGUAAUCGUAGCGGGCUGUGAUAGUCAGCUAAUGAUUCUGCAAACAAGUCAUGAUCGUGCCACAAUGAAGCCAUCUGGACCAUAUGUUUGAAAAUGAGCUGCUGAAGAAGAGGAUGUAAGGGGAAUUUAAUAGGCCUAGACCAAAACCUCAGUACACACACACACACACACAGAUACACAUAAGGCUGGCUGGCAUCAGCUGUGGAAGGUGGCAUAGAGGCCAACACUUUAUAGAGAUAAACAUGACCUUUGUUGUCACUGUUGUUCGUCCUCCACAUUUCCAUUAAAAUUCAGCCCUUAUUUUUUGCUGUCUGUCAAAGGCCUUCAGAUGAAAAAAGGCAGUACAGUGGACAGGACUUUGCUGUGUGUUAUUGUGUGUGUGCAAGACUCACAACAAGAGACAUAUUGAAGAGGUCAACAAAUCUAAAUUAGACACAUAAGAGAGUGAACCCUGUGAUUUCUUGGGUCAAAACAGUCAGUAAUGUGCUUCCUGAGCAUUGGAUUGACAUGUUCUGGUUUGCUCCUCUAACACAGUUCAUGCACAUCCAGCAGUCACUUAACUCUUCCAUAUAGUCAUUUGUCAUCAACUGCUUUGUGCACUUCUUCUUUGCCAUUUAAAUGUAAAAAAUCAAACUCUUUGUAGUAAAAUAGCAGCACAUCUAAAGUAUUUUCUCAAAUUGUAGCACUAUUAUGAUAAUGUUGGGGCUGCAGAACCAAAUCAGUGCAUGAAAACUGGCAUGAAGUUAAGCGCUGACUCUUGAUGGAAACAAUAGUACAAACUUUUGACAGGAUAUAAAGAUUGAUGGCACAUCCCCACCACCCCCAGUGUCCUGAUGUGGAUCCAAAAUCUCCCCCGGUGACAGGUCCAGACAUCUUGCACGAGGGUGUUUUUUGGUUUGGAGUCAGUCUGUGCAGUAGAGCUCUAACUGUUGUGUACACCAUGUCCCUUCCACUUACCUUAAAGCCUUAAACUUAUUGAUUAAACAGGAAAGAUGCUGUAACAACUCCUGGAGUGAGUUUAAGGCUGGCAUUCACAAGUAUUCAGGUUCUGAGUCCACUGACUCACCAUGAGUUAUUUCUUCAUUUGCAUUUUCUCCAUCACUUAAACAGGACCCCAGGGGCUGUCUGUGUUCAUAGAACAGCCAAUCAGGAUCUUGUACCUCUUUUUAAACCAUCCAAUACCUACUUAUAUCUCAACUUUACAGAAAAAUUAUUUGGAAAAAACUAAGAAUUGCAAGAACAGAGACAGAAAUCAUGUGUUAUGUGAUUUUCCAUCUGCUAACACAAAGGACGUGGGCUCUGUGACCUAUACUGAUGCAAGUCAACAGGGACAAUGCAGGCUGUUUUGGCUUUACUGUUGGGGAGCUGCUAUGAUAUUCAUUUAUUUAACCAGUGACAGAGUGAUUUCCUUAUAAUAUCAAAAACACCUGGGUGCUGUAAGUCAAAUUUAUGUGCUGCUCUGACAAUCUUAUCAAUAACUGUUUAAUUUCACAGACUGAUCAGUGAGGGUCAUAUUGACUUGGUGGUCAACCUGCCCAAUAACAACACCCGCCAUCUGAAGGACAACUUUGCUAUCCGCCGAAUGGCAGUGGACUACGGUGUUCCCCUCAUCACCAACUACCAGGUCAGUAACAUUAGUCACUGAGCACAGUUACAAAGUGUCCCUCUCACUUCAGGACUUCAGUUUAACCCUUUUUCUGUGUGUGUGCGUGCGUGCGUGCGUGUGUGCGCUGUGUGUGUGUGUGUGUGUGUGUGUGUGUGUGUGGUAGGUGGUGAAGCUAUUUGCAGAGGCAGUUCGCUAUGCCGGUGAGCUUGAUACUACCAGCCUCUUCCACUACCGGCAGAAAGAGAGCCAACAACGAGGUGUUCGCCAGCAGCACUAAAGCCCCCUUAACUUCCCUGUGGAUCUCUUAGUUACACAGAAGCAUUAAGUGGGAGCAAAUUGCCUUUAAUACAAUUUACUUAAAAAAAUCUCAUUUCUGUUUUUCAAUCCCAUCGUGUGAAGGAGUGUGUAGUAACUUAGACCAAAGCACAUCAGGCGUGUGAAUGCAUCAUGAUAGCAUGGUACCACUGAUUGAUAUAUGAAGGGGAGAAGGAGAGGUGAUUGUGCUGCUUUUUAGUGAAUUACAUCUCUAUGAGCAGUAACUUUGUUGUGUUACAGUGUAAAUCUUUUGCUCUUGCUUUAUUCAAGGUCCAUGUUUUUCUUUGUGUGUGUGUGUUUUGUAUCAUGCAGGGCGUUUGUGAAUGUAAAGGGAUGACAUUUUCAGCCCCUCAGCUCUCCCAUAGCUUAGAUUUUACCAAAGAUUUCAACUUCCCUUACAUUUCCUCAUCCAUACAUUUUGUGUUAGUUGUUAAAUAGUCUUAAGAUGGUAUUGAAAUGUACCGUGUGUUAUGAUAGCAUUAGUCGAGUAUGAGAAGUAAAGAUAAGGCCUGAAAUGAGAAGCUGCUUUACAAUUAUUCUUGUGCAUUGUUUAAGAAAAAGGAAUAUGCAUUUCAAGAGUUCAA